GGAGGCGCGAUGAACGCUUCGUGUGCCGGAAAUGACACGACCGCGAACAGUUCUAGUUCCGUGAACAGUUCAAGUUGCGUGAACAAUUCCAGUUACAGUAUCGACGUCGAGGUCGCAUUGUUCAAAGACCGACGCCUGACCGAUUACCUAUUGUUCGUGUUAUUUUUCUUGGUCAUACUGACGACAGUGGUAAGUGAAACGAAACAAAGGUGUACAUAAAAUGUAUGUACGUUGUACUGUUUUAAUUCUUAUUUAUAUCGUUUUUUUCGUUGGUUUUCUCAUACUCCCUAUAUUUACUAUCAUUGGACAUCGCAAAACGAUAUGGGAAGUAUGAAAAAUAAAACGAAUUUCAUGAGAUCCACUUAUUCGGUAUCCAGAUAUACUUGUACAUAUUAACACGACGUAAUGAUAGCUUCGUUUACUGUUAAAGCCUUAUAAGAGAUAAGGAAAUUUUACUUCCGUAUUUGUUUUUUUUUUUUUUACUAUUUCGCGCGUGAUAUAGCAUCAAGGGCAUUUCAAGAUUCCGGGAUUGCGCUCUCUGGUUGAGUUCGUGGCAAAGAAACAUUUUAGGUAUACGGAUUUUAUGAAGGACAGAGUUUUCCACACAUUUGAAAAUAGUAAUUACUAAUAAACGGUUAAUCUGAUACUAGUGUUAUGCAUAUCAAAAUAUUUUAAGAAAUAUUCUCUACUUGAACCUGUAUUCAAAAAAGGGGGGUUCUUUUUUUUAAAAAAAGGAACUAUCUUCUUAUUCAAGAUACAUGGAGUAGAGGUAGAAAUUAAAAAUGAUUUUAAAAUAAAGCAUAAACGAUUCUUUGGUGAUAAUAAUAAACAUAAAUCAAAUUUAUUUGAAAUACUACGAGAUAAUUGCUGAUUUUUAAUAAAAAAAAAAAUUACUUUCUAGAUGCAUUUUUUUGUUUUUUUACAAAUUUUUAAUAUAAUAUAAGUAUUAUUUUUUUUUGUAAUUUGCUAAUUUCGUAUUAAAUUUACGUAAUUAAUAGUAUAAUAAUGUAAUGUAUACGAAUGCGCACAGAAUAUUUACAUAUUUUACGUUUAGCUUUAAUAUCAAAUUUCUGAGUCAUGUUUUAUGUAGUUUUUAACGUGAUAAAAAAAAAAAAAAAAAAAAAAAUUCCGGUGCAUUUUUAAAGUCAUCAACAUAUUCCCUCUUCGUUAUUAUUAUUAUUAUUAUUGCGGAACGCGGUAUAACCCAAAUAUUUUCAUCUACAAAGAGAAUGGAAUCAUAGUAAUAAUUAUUAUUAUUUAAUGGGAAAAACACCCUAUAAAUCCAAGACAACACGACGGCGGCUGAUCAUCGUGACUAACGAUCCGGCGGGUCGCGAUAGAUUUUGUAGGUCAAGCGGAUUGGCGGAAUGCCCGACGAAAAAAGGGUUAUUUAAACCAGUCACUGUAUAUAUAUAUACAGUGCCUACAUAAACAUAGUGAAACGUGAAAAAUGACCUUUUUUGAAGUGCUGUCCGCCGCCGUUACAUAAGUCGUCUGUAUAUAUGAAGGCUCAAAUUCGCUAUGAAACUUUUCAGCUGCGGCGUUGUAUUAAACGACCCGAAAAUAGUUGGCCAAAUAAACGAUACCUAUGGUACAUAUGCACGCACAAGCGGUCACUUUAUUAAUGUACAGUAUGUGCUAAAACACCGGUAUACGCCUUAGUGUCUCUGCCGCAAAUCAAUAAAUAUAAAUGUUGGUUUUACAAGAAUUAGUAAGACAAUCCUAAUUGAGUGCCGUAAGUUUCAAAAAAAAAAAAAUAUGUAUGCAAUAUUCGUUGUCGCAUUUUCAAGUCAUCCAUUUUUUUAAUCGUAUUUUUUAAAACAUUAAAAUUCCGUGAUAACCGACUAUAUUAAAACAUAUUAUAUUUAAUAUAAAAAAUAAUUCCUCACCCAAUCUAAAUUCAUUAAAGCAUCAUGUUUUACUAUUAUUCUUACAGAGUCAAAAUAUUCUUAUCCUAUAACCUGAUCAAUUUUCACUUAAUAGUUUUUUUUUUUUUUACCAACAGUUUUAAAAAAUAUAUUAAAAAAUGGAUCUCUUAAAAAUAUAAGUAACUAAAUAAAAUAAAACGUUUUUGGAUUUCAGAAAAAAACAUUUAAAAAUUAUACUAUUAAAUUAAAAUUUUCUUUGUAAAAAAAAAACGAAUUUGAAUAUAUAUAUAUAUAUAUAUAUAUAUAUAUACAUACAAAUCGAUUUUUUACAGAGAUAUAUUAAAGAUAAUAUUGAAGUUUCGAUACUUACUGUAUAAUGUAAAAGUCUGAAUUGUCCACAAAAUAUACCCUGCCGUUUUCGAAUAAAAUACAAUUUUUGUAAUAUAUAAAAAACAUGAAUUUGAUGCCUAGUUCCAAAAUAAAAUAUAAAGACUGUUACAAGUGGGAAGGUUGAAUACAUCAUAUUAUUAAUCACGGUUUAUUUAUAACAUGGAAAUUUAGAUCAGGGUUACUAAACCUUUGGUCGUAAAUUAUUUUGCUUGGGUCACUCUAACAUUUUUAAAGUUGAUAUAAACGGAAUUUUAAAAACAGUACAUUUUGGUGUCUCGAGAAGAGCUGUUGGGUAAACGGGGGACAAUAAGUUUAAAUUAAGGACAUUCUGACAUCCAUAUUUUGUAACUAUCUACUGAAUAAUUGCCAAUUAAUUUUGUCCGAAAUUUGAAAUUUAGACACUUAAAAAAAUAUCGUGUGCUUUUAACUCAAGCUUUUACUCAGAACUUAAAACAUCUGACAAAGCAGAGCUACUUUUUUUCUUGUUUUUUUUUUUACUACUUUCCUUCGCCAAAGAUGGCUUGAACAUAUUUUGGAGUAAAACAAACGUAUAUAACGUAAUAAAAAAAAUCGUUUAGAAACUUUUUUUCUUGUUUUUUUUUUUACUACUUUCCUUCGCCAAAGAUGGCUUGAACGGCUUGAUAUUACUUCCCUAGAAUAAGGGUCUAUAUAUAAUUACGGUAUAAAUAAAAAAAUCUCGGUGGCCCGAAAUAAACCUUUUCGAGAUUCUAAACGAUGGCUGCCGGUUUUUUCGACGAUAUUAUAUUUCCCUAACCUAACCAAGGAUAGAUUUAUGUACCGUAUAUAAAAACCGUUUUAACUUUUUAGAGUUUCUAUCCAAGUGCUGUGACCGUUGAUGUGGGGUUUUUUCAACACUUUUUUCGGACAACAAACACGUACCAUAUAAACCGCUUUUUAAUAUGGGAACUCCAUGAGAAAAAUCAAAAUGGAAUGUAGAGAGUACUUAUUUACCAUAACUACGCUGUUCAUAUUCUUCUAGAUAACUAUUUACUUACCUUUUAUCUUAUCUAGAUAAAUAAUUUGAAUUUGUGUUCAUAUUUAUCUCAGAUAUGUAUUCCACUUAUAUAGAUAAAUAUUGUACUAAAAUAUUGAAUUACCAAAACUGUUAUCCAAAUUAUUAUUUGUUUUUAUUCUCCGUUACAAAGACUAUAAUAUAAUAUAUAGUAACACAGGUAUUAAUUAAGUAUAACGGAUAAAUUAUGUUGUUAAACAAAAUUUUUUAAAACUCUUUUAGUUUGGCAGCUUCUUGUGUAUUCUUUAGUUACAUUAACAGUUACAUACAGUUUAUCACUUGUAUCAACUAUUAAGUUAAAUAUACAUAAUAUCUAACUGUGAUAAGGUUCAACAUUAUAAUGAUUAAAUUAUUUAAAAUUAAAGAUCAUUCAAUUUAAGAAAUCAAAAGUAAAUUAAACUAACUUUUUAUCGUAGGUUAAUUUUUCUUAAUUGAGUUUAGAAAUGUACAAAUUUACUCAGUGUUUGCUUUGUGUUGUAACAUAAAAUGAUUAAUUUAUUGUUUUAUCAUUUUUUUUUUUAUUAAAAUACAUUUAUCUUUCAUUUUUAAAUAUAUAAAUUGGAUUUUUUUCAUCUUUUAUUUACAUAAUUUUUUAACCACCUAACCCAAACACUGUUAACCUGAAACCAAAAACCAAUAACUCGACACUGUUAAGUUGAUAAUUUUUUACGUGUCCGUUGUACUUUCCGUGAUUUCACUGCAGUAAUAAUAAAUAUGAGGAUACGUAAAAAUCGAUAUUUUUAUUUGAUUCGUGUGAUGCACGCAAUAAAAUCGCGUUUGUGAAAACCUAUUCGUUUGUUAUUCGUAAUAAAACAUAGUAGGUAUAAUGUUUGAAUUUUUAAUUUAAAACUCGAGAGGUUAACCGCUGGUUAUAUUUUAGAUGUCAUUGGAAAUAAAUCUCCGGAGAUUUAUUUCGAUGAAAAAUGAGUGGGUUUCAACGGUGGUGGCGUAAUGGUAAAAAAUCUCCUCGAAAAAUCGCUUUUCGUAAACGACGUCUACACGUUUUUUUUUAUUAUAAUUUUCAAACCAAACUCUGGAAAUCCAAAGUCAGCCGAUUCCAGAAAACAAGACGUGUUGGCCCGUGACUCGAACUGAUUAAUGCCAUCCUUGUUUGAGAAUAAAAAUGAGCUGUCCGCAGUGUUAUCUUAUUGCUUUUAUUUUCAUCCCCCACCUAUUUUUCGUAUUAUAUUCUCAGUAUAACAAAGAAGCUAUUAGUUUUGCAAAGAUGUAUUUUUCUUUUCUUUUUCAUAAAAAAACCUUUCAUUCACUGAAAAUGGUUCGAUUUUUUUUAUGUAUCAUACCAUAAAAGGUUAAUGAUUUUUCACUUGAUGAUGUUACAAACAAUUUUCUAAAUUCCAAAAAUCUAAUUUUUUCCAAAAAUGAAUUUUUAUUUUAUUUUCAAACACUUUUUUUCAUUAGGUUCUUAAUUUUUCACACCGUACCUCAAUGUUAUGACAUUUUUAUCCGCUGGUAAUUUAUUUGAAACAUACAUCAAAAUUCUCAGCAGUUUAGCUCCAUGUCCUUAAUUUUUAUAUAGAUCCAAAAUCUAUACAAUAAAGCCCCCUUGGAAAUGUUUGAUUGGACCAUAAUAAGCCUUCCAGUCAGGGGGCUUGUUUACAGACGAUUACAAACGAUUAUUUUGUUGUUGGUUUUCAAUCACGUCCAUUUGACAUUAUUGUUACUUAAUGCCGUGUGUAAAAUCAUAUAAUUUCGAAUCCGGGGAACGUUUAAACCGUAAAAAUGUAUAAAAUUAUUUUAAAAACGGCGCGUCCGUCUUUUAAAUUGGAAAAAAUAAAUAAAAGUUACUAUAUUAUAUAGUCAGAGUAUGCUAAUAUUAUACGUUUUGUGUAAUAAAUUAGCGGAGUUAUAACAAAUUUUAAUAAUAUUUAUAAAACUAUGCAUAAUGUGCGUGAACUGUUGUAUACGCGUGUAACGUUUUAUGAAAAGUUACAUUUUUAUAAAUGAUUAAUCCGAACGGUAAUAAAAUAGUAUUAUAAACUCGGCAAAACUUUUGCAGUUUUGUAAAACGGAUUCGUUUUAACGAUACAUUUAUAAUAUUAUACGUAUCAGGGCGUUUAUAGCAAUUUCUGUUUCGGGAGAAAAUAGGCUGUUUUGGCUGAUAUAGAGACCGGCGUGACACUCCUUCGCAAACUUGAAAAUUUAAAAUACCAAAUCAGCAAUUCCACGUUAAUUUAAUAUUAAAGUUGACAAAAUUAAUAAUUUCUUCGUUUCGUUACAUGACUAUAACAUCGUAAUAUUGUUAACGUAAAAUAUAUUAUUUAUUAUCGUAUUUAUCAAAGGAUAAUAUUAUAAUUGUUUAAACAUUUUAGAGAUUUGGCGAAUAGUACUCGGUUUCGGAAAAUAUUUCAUCACACCCCUCCAAUAGUUAUUUAUUAUUGUUUUCGGCUCUCGCUGAAAAGUUUUUGUGUUUUACCCAUUACGAACGCGUGCAUUGAACUCUGAAUACAAUUUUGACAGUUUCCUCUGAGGCAGGCAAACCUAUGUCGUUGUUUAACGUCGAAUCUUGGGAAAAUGCGUGUCUUUCACGAAGAUAUUUUUUUUGUUUAUUUGGUGUGUAUUUGUGAUUCCACGGUCCCAAAAAAAUACAAUAUCAAUUAUUCAAAAUUUCUACACGAAUAGUAUUUUUGCUAGUUAUUAAACAGGAAAUAUACAGGAAACACAUGCAAGUCCACUCUCUAUAAUUAAUAUGUCUUGCCAAAUAAUUUAAUCAAUUUUAUUUUUUGCCGUUAAGUACAGGUAUAUGUUUACUACAGCACAAGGCUAGUUUAAAUAUACAAUAUUUAAAGUUCGAAACAAAUUCAAUACUGCAAUAUAAGUCAGUAUUAUGUCUAAAUAAAGCAUUGAAAUAUUUGAUAUUUGAUAUGCAUUACCCUAUUUACUUAUUUGAAUACAGAUUUUCCUUUCUCAUCGUGACAGUAGCGUAUUCAAGGAGGCAGAUCUGAAGAUAGAUCCGCUCCAUACAAUUAUGAUAAUAGUGUAAAGUGCGCGUCACCGUAGUAAAAUUGUGGUUCAUAUCAUAUCAGUUAGUUUUAUUGCUAUUACUCUUGAGAGCGAUUUAGUUGCACGUGUACCUAAAGUUAAUUUAAAUAAAAAAUUAUUUUAUCAAAUGUAAUGCUGUGGAUCGUUGGAUAUUAGUGUAUAUAUAUAUAUUUGAAACAGACAUCGUAGAGAGUAUAUUAUUAUUAUUGAUUUAGCACCGUGAUCAUUAUUGUAAGUUCAAAAAUUGUUAAUUUUGACAAUUUCCAAAAUAUUGAAAAUUAGAUAUUAUUUCUGUUUUCUUGUACGGUAAUGCAAAUGUAACUUAUUCAUUAGUUUGAAAUAACAAGAUAACGGGAAUAAAGUUUAAAAUAUUUAAAAUUAAAAUAUCGCGUUUCACAUUGAAACGGUCACGUAGAAACGUCCGGCUUCAAACUAAUCGUAAUAAUUAAAGUUGUGGAUCGUAUUGAAAUAAUCACUCUGUUUAUUGUUAUCUCUCUUCUGUAACUGGUAUAAUACACUAUGAUAAUAUCGCCUGUCCAUUAAAAUAAUAUUAUUUAUUAUCUACGAUACAAUCGCCCGAUUUAAUUUCACUAAAAUAAUUUAUUCGCCGGUUGAAAUUUCAUUUCAAUGUAGCGAUGAAUAUUGUAUUAUGAAUAUGGGUUUUGUAAAAAAAAAAAUACACAGAGUCUAAAUUGCCCCGGAUGGCACUGUAAACAACAACAAAAUCACAACAAACUAAAUCGAGAAUCGAAAACCAAACGAGAUAAUAUUAAUAUAAUCACCAAUACGUCAUAGGUAUGCAGUUUAUUCCGAUUAAAUCUACACAAUAAUAACAAUAUGAACAAGCGGUAACAAAAUAAUAACAUGACGUACCGUACGACAAAUACCGGCUAGUAGAUUGAUGAUUUUUUUUUUUUUUUUUGUAUAAUUGAUUGUUACGCAAAUUUCCAUUCUAAUCGAAUUGACGGUAUGAUAUGAUUAAUAGGCGCUCUGUAAAACUAAAAAUAUUGUGAGAAAAAAAAUAUAUCAUUCUAGCCGUAAUAUUUUUAUUACCAGGCACAAAACAAUCCGGUUAUACAGGUAUGUAAUUCGCAUCGCCGAUAAACCACGGGUAUAGGUGGGUAUUUAGGAAGUCAGGAUAACUAUACAUUUAGUGCAUCUGCCGCCUCAAUUAUUGAGCAGGUCCAAAGAUGUUUCCUUUCCUUUGUCAACCACGUCUUUAAUAUUAACCGCCCAUUGCAUAGCUAUAUUCUUGUCCUACAUUCACUAGAUUUAAAUACCUUCGCGAGUAGAAGAGUCAAUGCCAAUUCUAAAUUCCUCCAAAAAAUGGAUCCUAUCCUAUAUAGAUUGUCGUGUAACUCUCCAUCCGCUCUAUUGUUCCAAUCGUUGUCCCUUUAUGUGUCUCCAAUUACGGUCGAAACAAUCUUAUAGACCGCAUAAUGCACCAAGCAAACGAGUUCACCGCCUUUACCAAGGUGUAGUUAAUGGCCACCUAUACGUAUUUAUUCAGUCUGUGAAUUAUUAAAUCAAAAUUGUUGUCUUGACACUGUUAUUAUUAUUAAUAUUAUAAUUUCUAUUAUUAUUAUUACUAUCUCAAUGCCGUAUUAAUAGUAAUGUACUCUUGUCCAAACUACCCGAUUGGACAUUGAUUAAUAAGGAAUAAAUAAAUAAAUUUAGUUUAGUGGCUUAUUGACGGUAACAUAUUGGGGGGGAUAUAUUUUCCACAUUAUUUUUUUCAGUAUUUAUAGUUUGUCGACUAUCUGUUUUUAAAUUUAAAUUACUUAACUUUUCAAUAAAAAGAACAAAUAGUUUAAUGCGCCUUUAUUAUGAUUAAUAAUUUUUAAAUAAUAACGUUGGGCUAGUUAAAUUUUUUUUAUUUCGACUCGAGUUGAUUUUAAAAUCGAAUACUUGGGUCAAGUCGUCGUAUAUUUGAGGUAAAAAGUGAUGAAAGAAAAAAACAAUGUUCGAGUCGAAUAUACUCGACCAAUUCUAAAUUAAACAUAAAUCAAUUAAUGACGUUAUAAUAAUACUUUGGUAUAAAAAUAACAAUUAUUUUUUUUUAAAACAAACUGAACGUAUACACAUUUUUUUGUUAAAAACGAUUCAUUUUUUCAUACAUUUAGAUCAAUAAGCUGAAGUAAAGUAAUCAUAUUUUCAGUAAUCUAAAUUCUGUUUUUUACAAUUUAUUACUUUCGUAUACUUAUUUUUACCUGUGUUUUUUAAGAAAAUAUUUUAGUUAAUUUUUUUUUAUGACACUUUAUUGUACGGGAGUAUUUUAAGAAAAAAACAAAAAAAAACGAAAAUUUGAUAUUUUAAGAAAAAUAUCAAAGAUUUCAAGUACGUCUUUAACAAUUAAAAUUGGGUGAACUGUUGAAAAAAUUGAUAAAUGUUUCAAAUAACGUACCACAGGACGGAAAUUCUGGAUAUUUUUUAAGGUAUUACAUAAAUAUCGGUUUGGUCUAACAAAGCAAAAAGAUAUUUUCUAAAGAAAAUAAACACACACACACACACACAUAUCUUGAUAAAACAAAUAGUUCAUUAUUCGUUAAAUUGAAUAUGUGACGAAAAAAAUUCACAAUUCUGAGGUUUUAAUAACGAUAAAUAGUAAACAAAAUAUUGUGAGGUUUAAACAAAGCGCUUAUUUAUGUUUAUACAAAAAAAUGAUUUAAAUUAUUAUAUCAGUCGGUGUUCUUUUAAAGAUAAACACAAAUUUCGAAUUAAAUUCUCAAGACUAUACCUAAAUCGUUAGCCAAUGUAUAUUUAAGGAAAAAUUUGUUCACGUGUAUGCAGAUAAUGGUUGAACGAACUUUGUGGACAGGGUAUUAUUACAAAAACGAAUAUUAAAAAAAAUUGUUUGGACAUCAUCACAAACGAAAAAUACGCCCGACGAUUUGUUUAUUUUCAUUUGAAAAAAUAAACUGCAUUUAUAUUAAUGAGUUUUCAUAAUCUAGCUUAUAAGUUGUAACAUGUAAUAUUAUAUGUUAUAAGUAAAAAAAAAUAUGUAAUUUUCGUUAGAUUAUUUUUUCCCCCUCACAUAAAUAUAAUAUUAAGCGAUAGGUAAAUACGAUAUUUAUUAUAUAUUUUUUUUUUACCUAACCCGAUAAUGUGCAUCUGCAUUAAUCUACAAAAGUCAACAGAUAUUAGGUAAUAAAUAUUUGACGAAUAACAAUUUUUUUUUUUUAUUAAUAGUAUACGUUUGACCGAGCAAAAUAAUUUACCCUAGUUAAUUCGAUAGAGCAAUCAGUGUGUUUUUAUCUCAUUCUCGUUGAAUAUCGAUAACAAAUUUUAAAAACCUGCUUUCAUUUUGUAUGGUUCGAAUUCGAAGGACAAUUUAAACAAAACUAAUAAUAAUAUUAUUCUGCAAUUCAUCGUUUUUUGACGUUCAACCUAGUUAUAGUAUACAAUCAACCAAAAAAGCUAAGAGGGGUUUUAAUCCCUCCCUCCCGAAAAUAUUAUCCAGCUACGGCCUUGUAUACACAUUAUCACAUUUACGUAAAUUUGCUACGCAUUAUUCUAACUCGUACUAAGUUAAACUUGUAUAUUAUAAAAUUGUAAACACACAUUUACUUAUAGCGAUGGCAUGUUAACGUGGUAUAAAUAUCGUUAAAGUUCGCCUACAUUAGUGUAUUAUAGUGGUCAAAUUAAAGAAUCCAUAGAUAACGAUAAUAGAAAAUGGACAGUUGCUAUAGAAUAAUAGUUAUCUGAAUGGUUGAUAAAAGAUACGUAACAAUUUCAAUAAACAACAUAUAAUUAGCAAUUUGUUAUAUCUAGGUAAAUAUGACAUUUUGUUCAUUACCUAUCACAAUUAUAAGUGCUAAAAUUAUUAAUUGUGUACCGAAUUUGAUAGACUUCAUAGACUUGAUAUUCUUCUCCUUCUUAUUCGCAUUCAUCCCAAUUAUAUUUGGGUUAUGUUACCCUCGUCCUAAAAUUCCACUAGACCUAAUCCUACCUCACAUACGUCAGCUGUACUCGUAUCAUUGUCAAUCGCGUCCAACCAUCUCUUUUCGGGAUUCCUCUCCUCGUCGUUGCACCUAGAUUUAUUAGUCACAUUAAUACAAAUUAAUUAUUUUAUUUAUUAUUAAUUCUAAUAAUUAUUACAUACAUUGUGACAAUUUAAUCAAGCAUAUCUCGAUCGAUUCAUCUAUAGGUAGAUACGAUUCAAUAUAUCAUUUAUCUAAUAAAGGACGACGGUGCGAAUAACUCGAUUUUCGUUUAUAUAGAUAAGAUAAAAGAUAAAAACAUACAACGUUGAAUCGAUGUUCGAAUAAUUAUUCGCUCUCGCCGUUUAUUAUUAUAAUUAACGAAAUCGACUCGUCGUGAUGUUAAUAUAUUCUGCGGCUUAAACGCUAUCGGAUUUGAACAUCAAACAAUUAUUUUAGAAAAUAGUUAGCGAUGAGGACCGCAUAUAUUAGCACGACGCGAACCGCCUUUUAUCGAACUUUUGUUCAACUUGUUUCAAACUUUCAAGUCGCACGCCACAAGUUUGUGUAUCGAACUCCUAUACUCGAACGAAAAUUCUUGUGUCUAGCUAUUAUCUGGCAAAAACCUACUCAACCGCGAAAAAACAAACAAAUUACCUAUUAAUAAAUCGACACGUUUUCUUCACACUCCGCGAUAAAUCGACCAAACCAACCCGUAGGUAACGUAUAUGAUACCGAAAAAGAAAAAACAAAACCAUAACGAGCGACGUUUGUCCGUUUAUGUCGCAUUUUCCGAGUAAUUUGAUAAUACGGUUUUCAUUGUGAAUUAAAUAUUUUUUUUUCAAAGUACUUUCCCCGAUCACCGUGCAUUUCUUCACGGUGAAAACUCGUCUUUAUUUUUAUGGCGUGUUAAAAUAUAACGUAUUUUAAAAAAUAUUAAUAAUUUAAAUCCUCUCCACAAAAUGUUAAGACUUUUUACUGCAGUACAUUAUAUUUCAUACGCGACAUUCUCAAAUAGGUGUCAUUUUUUUUCGACACAACUCCUUAAUACUGGGUUGUUUAUUAUUUUUUUUCCCCCGUAUAUUUUAUGUAGUCCACAGUCGUCCGCAACUUUCCGUAUAAUCUUCUAUAUCGCGCGCAAAGUACAAGUUUCAAAUAAGCUAUACACUACUUCGGAUUGAUCGUUGAUUUAUUCGAAAACUUUCGAUAAUUAUUUAGUUUUGAAAAAAAAAAUCACUUAAUGCAUAAAUUACAAUAUAUUAUAGUAGGUGCAGUAUAGUUUUAAGUACCUAUAAGUAUAGAUAUAUUUUUUUUUCUGUAACGUAUAAAUUAUUUUAAGUCUCUAAGUAAAUUAUAAUAAUAAUAUAAGAGCAUUCAGUAAAGAGCUGAAAAAUUACUUUCCCGUGUAAUCGUCAAAUAGAAAUCAGGGGUGUACAAUUUUAGGACAUAACAUCUGCGUCGUUAUAAUAGUGUUUAUAAUUUAUAAUGGAAUAUCUAGGAAAACUCUCUAGACUCAAUUGUUAAAGGUGAUAUCUUACUUUUUGGUGGUUUUUGAAUAUAAUAAUGUAUUAUGUAAUCGUAUAAUAUAUCUCCGCUUACAUUGCAAAAGUAUACGUAUCUCACGUAUCAGUAUGUAUCUCAGUUUUUGUAGUUUUACUGUAAGUAUGUUAAACAAACCUUUUAGAAAACAACACUUACCUCAACUUUAUUUUUAUGUAUUAUAGGGUGUUGAUAUUAUACACAGUCGUGUAUCUGGGUCCUUAUACCUAACAUGGGGGAGGAUUUAUUUUGUAUAAAUAGAGUACAAUAUUCCACCAUAAUAAACAGUGUGUCCCGUCGUAUAAAUUAAUCACUAAAUACUGAAGCCUGAUGACCUUAAAUUAAAAUGCGGUUUUCUGUCAUAGUUGUCCUAGCUACGGUUACAUUUCCAAUUUUCAACCAUAAAAAUUAAUAAUUAUUAUUAUCAUUAAAAAUAAAAAUUAAUAUUUGCCACUUAUAUCAAUAACCCUUAUGAUACAAGUUCUUAUAAUUUUUGUAACAUACCGUCUAAAACAAAACAUUAUCGAAAACACAUGCUUUUCAAUCACAUUUUAUAAAAUUUUAAGAUACGUGAUGACGAUAUGUGGUUAAAUUAACAGAGUUAAAGUGUUAUGUUUAAUACAUUUUAGAAGACUAAAUUAAGCAGACAGUGUUGUAAAAAAAAAAUUAAUUAAAAUUCAUAAAAUAAUAAAAAAAAAACCGAUGGUUUUAGUUUAAUUAAGUUAAUAGUUAACAUUCAUUAUUCAUGAAUAACAGUUUCACUUAUUUCUCCAAAUAUUAUUAAAUAUUUUAUAUAGUGACAAAUUAAAAUUAUUAUUUCUUAUUGAGAUUUGUACACAAUGUAAAAUUAUAUGCUAAAAAAAAAAUAAUAUUAAUAAUAAAACAAAUACAUAAUAUAAAAAAAUAACAAGUAUAUAUUAUACAUAUACCUAACUAGGUACACAAAUUAUUUAUGAAUAAAAAAUGUUUUAAAUAAAAAUAUAUGUGUAUAUUUAAACGUUUAAAAAUGUUUUUUUUUUUUUUUUUUUUUAAUGAUUUAUAUCUACUCUGCUAAUUAAUGUUUCUUGUGAAUUCGUUCCCAAGCGGAUUUCAUUCAAACCUCUAUUCAAACAUUUCCGAAACUACUAUAGUAGUACUUUUAAGUACAUAGCGGGAAAUUUCAGCGAAAUCGGUCGAAUAAUCUUUGAACUUGCAUAACCUAUACUGGGGGAGAUAUUCGCAUAAGAUCAUUGUUUCUUUAUUGAUAUUUGCAUACUCGUGAUUACGUGCACUAGAAAAUGUUCCUUAUGAGUCUAUAAUCAGUAAUAAUUGGUUCGUUUAGACCCGAACAAUUUAAUAUUUCCAUUAAAAAACACGUAUAAUAUUUUUUCAAUCACUCAUACUGUAUUAUAAUACGUGUGCUGACAAAUAAAUGAGAUUUGAUUAUUAUUAAAUUAGAUUUAUUCAAAUGUGGAAUUACAUUGAUAAGUUCCUUAAAAAAAGGUUUUUAUAUGUUUGGAUCCAAUCGUAUCGUUAUAAUGUUGCUAUCACCGUAUUAUUAUGUCACGUUAAUCACGCAAUCAUGUAGACCAUGGUUAUCGAUUGCUGCGCGUUUUAUUCGAUGAAUCGGUGACCGGUUUAUUGAAAUUUAAAUAUUCGUCGAAGGGCAAUCGAUAUUCGACCGUGCCGCUACGAAUUAUUCAUGGACAAACUUUUCGGAUUUACAAGUUUUUAUCGUAUAUAAUAUUAUAAACGGUAUUAUUCACAUCAACGAUGACGCGAAACGAGCAUUGUACGGUGUAAACCCAUUCCCUCGGGGGAGACGGAGCGAGUGCCGUCCUGCAGGGGACUUCCGUGGGGAAAACCAAACUGCCGGUGACGGAAGCGAGGGAAUUCCGAUGGCACGAGGCUGUUGUGAAUCGCAGUGUUUGAAUUUUUGCUCCAGUAUACAUAUACAUAGGUAUAUACACUCUCUGGCCAGCUCCUCCCCGGGGACCCCCCCACAACUCGCACAGUGACCGUCAGGUUUUUUUCCUGUCCCGUCAAUAGGUCACGUGCAAUAUGAAAUACGCACAUUUUCUUGGAUUCUAAACGGAAAGCAGUUUAUCAGUUUUAAUAUAAUGUAAUAAUUCUACUAUACUUAUUAUUUAUGAUGAGUAGGUUCGACCAAAAGAGUUGCACCGAUUUGUGUAAACGUCAUAAAGUAUAUUUUUUUUUUUAUCUGUGGAUAACUUUUAUAAUUAUCAGAAAUCUUGUUUAAAUCAAUUUUUUAUUGUUUUUCUUGUAGUUAGAAAAUAUAUGAAAAACAAAGUAAUUUUUAACAGUAACGCUUUAUUUAUUCACGAUUUUGUUUUUGUUAUAAUUCGGUUAAAAAUAAUCUUAGAGACUCGAAUUAAUAUUUUCCGAAUACCUACAUCCAAAAUAUUUUUGAUAUUUUUAAGGUAUUUAUGAUUUAUUUUUGACACAUUUCAGUUUUUCAGUUUUGUAGUUUUGUUUUAUAUGAUUUUAAUUUUACGAGUACAAUUUUGACUAGCAAAAAUUUAAAAAAAAAACAUAAAAUUUACGAUACAAUUCAAAACGUUUUUAAACCCAAUUUUCCUCAGGAUCGUAUUUAUUUAGAUAUGGGUUAAGUUAGCAAUAUGAUUUAUCUUUGCGAAAAGAUAUAAAUGAAAUAACCUUAUGUAUCCCACCAUCCCGAUUUUUCAUAUAUAUAUAUAUAUAUUUGUUUUAUUUUUUUUGAUAAAUUCACGUGAAAGUUUUCAUUCGAUAUCGUCAAAUCCGAACGAGUCAAACACAAAUUCGAUUAUAACAAUAUUUUGUUUCGUCAGCGGGGGCGGAAUACCGCGUAUUUUCUGGGCGAACACUGUGGCUAUACAAUCAGUGUGACUGGUCGAACGAUUUAAAUAAAAACUUUUGGCCGGCUAUAAAGGGCGUAAUAAUGUUUACACAAUAUAUUAUAUAUAUAGGAGAGAAAAACUCGACUUCAACGCGGGAGCUAUUAGCUGUGGAGAAUGAUAAAUAUACGUCCGAAACGUGUAGUUCGCAGCUCUUCGGUAUACGUAAAAGGUCACGUACUUAUUCGAUUCGUCGUACCCUUUUCUUGCCCGCGGAGGACUCGUGAGUAUACCACCGAAGUAUAGCUCUGAAAAUAAAACACACUAGACUUUUGUUCGUUGGAAUGUUUGCCGCGCGUUGAACUAUAUAUAUGUAUAGAAAGAGAGAGAAAUAGUGAGUUUCACUCAAAAUAUUUUUGCCCAGUGACCUCGGAUUGAAAUGAGGUUUUCAAAAGAAGAUAGGAAAUACUGAAAUACACAUUUUAUAUGGAUUUUCAAAUUUCUUAACCUUUCAGUGUGUGCAUGCGCAUUUUUUUUAAAUGGAAACAUCUAUUUAUAACACUUGAUUUAAAUAAACCAUUUUUUUAUUUUUAAUCAACUUAUAUAAAUAAACUUUUCUUUUAUCUCGAAAAUUAGCCGAAAUACAGCUAGUUAAAGUUGAAACAAAAUUAAUUUAUUACUAUCAAAUUAUUUUAAUUAUAAACAAUUUAUUCCAAAAAAAUACUCAUCAGUCAUCAUUACAAAUUAUUCAAAAGUUUUCUAUUAUGUUGUAAACAUGCUUCUUUACGUCGUACGACUUCAUCUUUAGUAGCUGCCAUGAUUUGUUUAUUUAUCAGUUGUGCACAUGCUUCAUUGGUUUUUUGUUUUAAAUGCUGGAAACUAAUCAGUGAUCAACAUAAACUAGAGUUUUUAAAUGUCCCCAAGAAUAAAAAUCUACAUGCGUAAAAUUAGGUGAAUGCGCCAGCCAAGCUAUUGGUCCAUAUGUUUCCACCCAAGAAUUUCCAAAUGAGCUACUUAAGUAUUGUCUUACAAUAAUACUAUUGUGCGCGAGAACACCAUCAUCCUAAAAAAUACGUUUUCCCUAAUAUCUAAUGGAAUAUUUUCUAACAAUGGUGGUAAAUGUUUAAAGAGAAAAUCCAAAAUCGCCUUCCAUUUAAUGUUUCAUCAUAAAAAUAGGAACCUAUUAUGGAAUUUCCAAUUAAUCCAUACCAUAUAUUCGUUGGAUAGGGACAUAUGAACCGAUAGCUUAGUUGACGCAUUUACCUGAUUUGACAUUUCGAGAUUUUGUUUUCUUUGGGGACUUUUAAAAACUGUAGUUUUUGCUGACCACUGAUUAGUCUCCAGCAUUUAAAAUAAAAAAUCACAGAAGCAUGUGCAACGCACUGUAUAUACACUUACACUAUAAUAAAUAGAAACUCUUUGGGCAAAUAUUUCACUGUUUCUAUAUAUAAUAUAUUAAAUAAUUAUACAUGAAAAAAAUAAAUAAACUAUGCAAAUAUUACCCGAAGACAUGAAUCCAAAAAAAAAAAAAAAAAUUAAAAAUUAAGUAUUAAUUUGUCCACUUAAACUUUUAAUUUGUUGCCUUAACUUAUAUUGUUAUUUGGGCAUGAAUGAUAAUUUUGUAGAUUCUGAAAGAAAGGACGCGUGUAUUGGUUUUACUAUGAUGUGUUUAUUUGUGUAUAUGAACAAAUUUUCUACUGGUAACCUUGUUCAUAUCAAAAACUUUACGAGAACAACUUCAAAUCAUUUUUUAAUCUAUUUAGCGUAUUUAAAGGAUAAUUUUUUAAUUUUAAUUGUAGUUAUGGAAAAAACUAGAGAUUUUUCUAAAAAUUGUCGAUUUCUGGAUUAACUCGACAACAUGGAGGAAAAAAAACAGAUCACACUUCAAGAGCUCACUAUUAAUAAGUAUAAUAUAGAAACCUAUAGUACCCGAUUAAGUAAAUAUACUGAAAGCAAUGACAAAUCAUUGUUAUCAAAAAAAGAUUUCAAGCGUGGAUUACUUAACUAGAUAGUUGGAUUGUAGUCAGUCAUAUUUGUUUCUAUUGUAGCCAAGGUAGUCAAAGAAUCAUCACAAAUAAAACCGAUAUACAUAUAGUAACUUGUUUAUAGUUUUUAAAUUUUUAAGAAAAACUGUCGAAAAUUGUCGAAUAAUUUACCUACUACAAGGUUAAAAUAACAUAUCUAGGAACCUAUAAUAUAACAAAAUCAGAACACUAACCUAAUCUAACCUAAUCAAAAAAAAAAAUGUUUUUUAAUAAAAUAAUCAUAUCAGAGUAGAACACAGCAAUAGCUUAUAAUGGCUUUGAUAUACUCAGAAUUUAAAAUAUACCACGGGAAACUAAAAAAAAAAAAUAACGUUAACAAUAAUCUAAAAUACAUGAAAUAUAAUAAUGUAAACAAAUAAAUUAAUAUAAUAUGAGAAAAGUAAACAAAUCUAGCCUGUAGUAUUAAUAUUAUUAUAAUUGUUUGUGUUUAUAUAUAUUAUUUACUAUCGGUUUUAAUUUUAAAAACUAUCGACAAACAUCAAUUUUAUUGUUUAAUUGUUUAACUAAUUUAUACAAAAAAAAAAAAAAUAAUGAAAUUAUUUAUAUUCAACAAAAAUAAAUAUAAACAACAACAAAUAAAGAAAUAACAUUUAAAAAUCAUGUACAGAUCCCAAGAUAUGAUGUAAAUUGUGCAACCUAAAUCCUCGGCCUCUGAUACUGAGUCUCAACCUACUUGGCACGUAUAUAAUGCAGUUAUCCCAGUACAUUUCACAGUCGUCUUGCACUUUUCAUACCGUGCUUUUCGUCCCUUUUUUUGGCUAGUUACCGUAACUGUGGUCGUCAGUAAACGAUGUGGCCAAGUCCAUCGGACAGUUCGAUGGACACGGACAAUUCAACGAUGAACAUGUUUAUAGAUAUCGGCCAAUGACCACGUACGGGCGACAGUUGAACAUAUCAUUGUAUUAAAAAGGUAUUGUACCUCUGGAGGAUAGUAGUGGAGUGUCGUAUUAUUAAUGCACUACUACUCUCCUCCAACCUAAAACUAAAAGUGGAAUAUCUUGUCAACAGCUAGAUAGAAAUAAACAAUUUCAACAAUCAAAUUUAUUCUAACUAAUACUCCAUCUAUUUAUAGAUUUUUUAAUAUAGGUUUUUAUUUGAAGAUCAAAUAUAGGUAGUGGUUUUACUCCCAAAAAUAAUAUUUUACGGAAAAUUAACAAAAAAAUAAAAUACUGAGAGAACUCUGAGAAAAUCAGUAUUUACCUAUCCAUCUCGUUAUUUUUAAUACGUUACGUAGUAACUAUUUGUUUGGUAUUGGGAGUCGUUUUCAAAUUAUUAAAAUUCUACGUGGUUAAAUCGAAUACAACAAAAUUGCUACGAUGACGAUGACGCGACGUAAACAAAAAUGUCACGAAAGAAAUGCAAACAAUUUCCCCACGGUGCAAAAACUUUCUACCGUUAUAAUUAUUAUUACCAAGAUUUCCGGGUUACUCUUCGGACUGCGUUUAGGAAAUUCGCAGUGAGGUUAUUGGAUACUAUCCAAAAAUUACUUUUUCCUGUUUAUUGUUUUUAAUCCGCCGGAGUGCGCGUCGAACUUUUACAUCGGACUACUUUCACUGGGUAUUACCACUAUACCAAUACCUACAAGAAAAGUAUUUCGGGCGGGACAAAUUGUCUUUUAAAAUUAAUAUAAUGACUUAUAUCCUUGACACGCCAGAAACAGUAGGUAUGUAAAAUCUCAACAUUUGUUUUUUUUUUUUUUUUUUUGAAGGGUUGUGCCUCUUUAGGUUUUUGGAUUUUUGGUUUCGGUGAAUUUUAAGGAACAGAAAGAAUCGAUCAUUAUUAGUUCUAACAUGAUUAAUGGUUCCGUGUAUUAUUAAUUAUUAUUGUGUAUAUUUUUGUGCGAACAUUUUGAAACCCGUCCACUAGGAACGUUCGGAGCAAAGAUCAACGGUUUAACAUAAAGUGAAUGAUCCGAUCAGCCAAGUUGACGGCCGUCAGUCCGCUUGAAUCUUAUCAACAUUUUAAGACGUAUCUCAUUUACCAGAAGCUCCCGUUAAUCGUCUUAAGAAGUUGAAAUUUAAACGACUUCUACUCGAAGACAAAUAUUUUAAAUCGUAUAGAUUGACUGACGGAAAAAUAUACUAUGAAAUAAACGGCUCAAUACAGUUGCGCGGUAUUGCACUUCAAACAUACAAUGCAUAUUUUAUAACUGGCUAGCACGAUAUUAUAUUACUAUCGAUGUAUUACAUCGCGUUGUCGGUCAUAAUUAUAAUUUUAUUAUAAUAGCCCCGCCAAAAGCAGUAUUAACCAAAAACGAUGCUGAACGAAGUUCGAUUAGUUUUUGAUUUAUUGAAGACUAAAUUGAACUCGAUGAAGAUUUAUUUGGAAAAUUAUAUUGGCUGUGCGUUCAAUGGUGUAACUAAUAUAAACGGCAAACACCAAGGUGUACAAGCUAAAUUUAAAAGCAUUUUACAAAGACAUAUAAAACGUGUUUUGUUUUUGUACUUAUUUUUUUUAACGCAUUUAAAUCUGGGACCUUAUAUAAUGAUUUUGGAAACCGUUAAAUAUCGCAAAACAUCCGACAGUGGACAAACGAUUAUGGAAACGCGAAAAAAACAUAACUCUAUUGAAGCAUCAUAGGUAGGUGCUAUUUGCUCUGUUUUUGAAUAAUUGUCUUUUCUAAUAAACCCACCUCGGGCAACGGAUAGGUGUAUACGUUCUUUUGAUCGCGCGAGGAUCGAGCGGCCCGCGGUGUCUACAUAAUAAUAGUGCGUAGACAAGAUAAACGGUAUACGAGUGACGUUUUUUUUUUUCCUAGAGGGCUAUAACAUCGCAGAGAUUAUUUAUAAGUCGGACAAGGUGGCGGUGAUGGCGGCGGUGUAGAGGCCUCAUAAAUUUCACGUCGGAUUACGCGUUACGACGACGACGACGAAAAAAUAUAUACGCGGAUUUUUCUAUACACGAGCAUAUCCCGUCUCCCACGGUCGUCGUUUUUCGCGAAAAUAUGUUUCUUCGAUCGAACCGCGCGUAUUAUAUUAUUAUUGCGAAUACCUAUAGAUAUAUCUAUAAACUCUAUGUACGCACAUACAAAAUGACGAGACAGCGAUGAAUCGACAAAAAAAAAAAAUAAUCGUUUUCUAUAGGGAAAUACAUCUCACGAUUACACAUUGUCAGCGCGUUAUAUUGUGCGAUGAGACGCCGCUUGUUUUCAUCGUAACAAUAAUAAUAAUAAAGCAUCGUCCCGGCAAAAAUCCGUACCGAAAAUAAUAAUAAUAUUGAAUAAUAACCCGAAAACCGCGGACGAGUUUGAAUUUAACAACCCGAACUAUAUUUUAAUUUUUUUUUUUUUUAUUUGAUAGAAAAACAGACGGGAAUCUGUGUACGGAAAAACUAUUCGUGCGACACUGAUAGCGAAUACCGCAUCUUUAAAAAAUCGUAGUGUUGUAAAAGUUUCAGUGAAUUGAACAAAAGUUUAGACACUUCGUAUAUUCCUAUGUUUAACUAAUGAUCUUGGGUCUCGGAAACUCGAUAAAUUAUAUCUGAAUCUGAAAUAACAUAUUGCAACCAUUAGUCACUAGUUUUGAUAUCAAUACUGUCAAUUCAGACAUUCUCGUAACUCAAGAAAUCAAACGUAUGACAUCAGGCAGUUCCGUAUCUAACAAUUUUUUUAACCCUAGGCAAAAUAUGAAAUUGGCGCCCAUUUAUUAAUCACAGAAUACAAAAUUUGCUACAUUUGAAUGAUUAUAACUCGUACAUAAUAUUUAUAACUUAAUUAUGUUAUGUAAUAAAUAUUUUUAUGUUGUAAUAUAUUGAAAAUUCUGAGCGUAUUUAAUACCUCGAGUGAGUACUCAUUACUGGUUCAUAAAACUGACAAUCGACAGGCUUUGGAUAGGUGAUAUAGAAGAAGAAUUCGUGCGAAUUACAAAAAAAAUAUAAUCUCUUAUCAUUUAGCAAUUAAUGCUAGUUAUAGCUACUAGUUCACAACCAUGUUACGAGAAAUGUAAAAUGUCCGUAAUAACCGUGUUUCGCCCAAAUUGGAAAUUAGCAUGUAACAGCCUGGCACACCAAAUACAAUUGAAACAUUUCUUGAUAAAAAUAUUACAAAAGUCACCGGAAAUCAGUGCGAUAUUGAAUCGGAAGUCGUUAUCAUCGGUCGAUAAUAUUUCUUAAAAUAACAACUGAUUAUUCGGCGACGCGAAUAGUGUAUAACUUAACUAUAAUAUUAUAUAUUAUCAUAUGCUUUAUUUGGAAAAUAGAUUUUCAGCGACAUUUCGGUUUUCGGUAUAUAUUAUACACAUUUUUUCGCACUCACACAUUUAUUAAUAACGGAUUAUUAUAUUUUAUUAUUUUACUGCAGCCUGCAGUAUUCAGCUAAAGUCUAAACAAUCGGUAGCUCUGUAAAUUCAAAUUUAUACGCAAAAUCCAAUCGGUAGUUAAACGACGUGGGCAUAAAUCGUGUGACGCGAGAGGCCUUCAGACACAAAUUUGGCCAAACCGCCAUUGCAAACCUAUAACAUCGAACACAACACAGUCCUAAUAAUAACAAUCUAAAUUCGGAAGACGAUAAAAUGAUCAAUUGAAUGAUUGUUCACGCACGAAAAAAAAAAAAUCUAAUAGGUAAAAUAAGACGUGUGUCUUGCGUACGUGUAAAAAGCAUACCGUUUUAUCGAAUUUGGCGCGCCUGAAAAUUUAUCGACAAUUUUUCGUCACGGUCAAUCACGCAUGUCGAUUGUUCGCGUUUCCGGGGCUCGCGUUCGUGAAUAACUACGUGAAAGGUUAAACCGGGUGGAAAACCACGCGUAACAUUUUCGACUCGUGCAUUAUUAUUAUUAUUAUUAUUAGCGCUGAUACGGUAAAAUAAUAUAAUAUAAUAACGACCUGCUAUUAAACAACACUACAAUACGGCCGGGAAAUAAACAGUGAGCGGUAUAAUAGUGUCAAACUCAUUAGUGCUGCUACGCCGCUAAAUCUUAACUCGGUACCGCGACUGCAGAUUGCACGGUGCGCAGUGUACGUACAUACAAUCCGACGACGACGGGAGCAAGAAAUUCAUUAAACUCAAGACAACAAUAGAUGGACAAUCGACUCUCGGAUGGAGAAAGAGAGGGAGAGAGGACACUGACAAAUUUAAGAGGCGGGUGAAAAGCUACUGUACCUACUACUACUACUACUACUACCACUACCACUACUACUAUAUACCACUACUUUAGUGCUGUUGCUGUUGCUGCUGCUGUUGUUGCAAAAAAAAAAAAAAAAAAAAAAACCCAUAAUAAAAGCAAUAACUGAACGGGUCCGGAAAAGUUUAAAGAAUUACCUAGAUACAUAGUAUUUUGUUGUAACGAUAGCGAAGCAGCUUCUGCGCAUAAUAUAGACUUGGAGGAACGGACGAGAAAACAUAAAACCGACAGAUAGAGUACACGUACACCGACACUUGAUGAAAAGUUUAUAACAAUAUAGAUAUCCCCUUUUGUAAAACAUGGAAUCGACUGUUACGCCGUCGAAUGUUUCAUAAAAAAAAAAAAAAACAGGGUUAUUGACCGCCAAAAAUUAUUAUUUAUAUAAUAUAAUACGGGAAAAGAGAUUCGAAAUUUCGAAUAAGCGACCAUAUGAUUUUUAUGAACAUUUUGAUAUGCGUUUGAGAAAUCCAUCGUCACGCUAUAGUUAAUGCGUAAUAACUCAAAAAAUGGGAUUGUAAGCUCUACCAAAGGGAUGAAAAAAAAAGUGAUUUAUGCUGUACCGCCGUAAUACAAUAUUUUAUAAAGAUAGAUAAAAUCGUUUUUGUUUUAAAAAUGUCUGCUUAAAAUGCGUAAAAUCUGAUUUUGCGAGUUACUCUACUACCGUUCUGAUAAUGGAAAUUAUUUGUUUUCUCUGUCUCACGCGUAAUAAAACAGCCACAAAGACAUUUUGCAUUUCCACGAAAUUUUAACUAUCUGGUUGAGUUUAUAGCAAAGGGAUCUUUUAUAUAUUUUAUAUAGAAGAGAUUUUAUUUAAUAAAUGGCUUCCGAGAAUGUUUUUUUUUUUUUAAUAUUUUCGUUUUUUAUAAAGAUAUGCGUGUUUUAAUUUCUCUUGAUUUCUUUUAAUUUAAAACAUUAAUUAUUUUGUAAAGAAUUGCAAAUAUUAAAAUUAUCCUUUGGCCUUAAACUAAAACGGAGAGUCACAGUCGUGGAAGCGCGAAAAGCAUUUUGUUGCUGUAUUACGCGUGAGACGGACAGAUAAAAAUAAAAUAUGUUGUGACUGUCGAGUUACUAUUUAGACAUCAGAACUCAAACGUGAACGUGUGUUUGUGGUAUGCGUAAAAAAUGAAAAUGAUACACCUAUCGCCAAUAAAAUCGAGCUUACUCGAAAUCAUCAAACAGAUCAUUUUUGAUAAAUACCCGAUAAACAAUUACUUUGUUAAUAUUAGAUUAUACUCAAUACCGUGGCGGAACGGACAGUAAAUUUUCAUCAGUCGAACACCGCAAAACAGUAAAUUUUACUUUAAUAUUGAUUCGAAAAGCACUAGGUCGUAAUUUUGUUUAGUAACUUACUAUUACCUUGAUAAUUUAUUAUUAAAAACGAGUAUAAGACGAAACGAGCUCAUUUACACUGGCACGCACUUUUUGACUCUCGAUGCAAACAGAAUCUAAGACAAAACCUCGUCGCCAAAAUCCCGUGAGACAAAAUAUUAAAAAAAAAAAAAAAAACAAACAUAUCAAGUGAAUAUUUAAUACAUUAUUGAUAAAUUGUAUAUUUUAUCAUGGAUCUAUAAUAAUAUGGCCCUUAUAAUUUUUUAUACAAUCGAAUAUAAUCAUAACAUUUAUAAUAUUUAUCGGUUAUUUUUUUUUUACUUAUAUAUUUGCGUUUUGAAAAAUCGGAGUUUAAUCGGGAUUUUCGAAUGUAUAAUUAUAAUACAACUUAAAACAAAGUUCAAAUAUAAAAAUACAUAUAUGAAAAGAAAUGCCUAUGUAUAUGCCCAAAACAACUUUUACAAGUUUAAAAUAGUCCAAAGAAAAAUUAAUUUUUGAUUUUCUGGUCUGAUUUUACGCUGGUACAUGUUUACAAAUUUAAAUUGUGUAAUUAAUAUAACCUGAAAAAAUGAUAUAACAAUCGUUUUAUAAUUUUGUUAGGUUAAUUUUAAAAAAUUGAUGUCAGAACCACACAGCGUUACGUUACGCCAACACACGCAGUUUGAAAAUUGUAUAGAAAUUCGCUGGGGGGGGAUGAAUGUAAAAAUGAACAUAUUGUAAUUAAUAUCUGUACAAAUGAUAUAAACAAUAGUAAACAUGUUCUAUUUUCCAACGUGUGAGUGUCAGUGAAAGAAGCUUCAGUUAAGAUACAAUGUGAGUUAUUUAAAGAGUUUUACUUAUCAGAAAAAGUUUAUUUGUUUUAAGAAAAACCACACACAUCUUAGCAAAACUAAUAACAUCUUCGAUAAACUCGAAAUUUAAAAGAAACAAAACCAAUAUUUACCCCGAGAAAAAUGCUCCGAUUUCCUUCGGAAGAUAAUAUUGUAAAUGUUUGUUUUAGCCUACCUGUUUUUUUUUUUUAAAGAACAAACCCUUCGUUAGGGCUGUUGAAAUUUAACUAUCCCCGGCCACUGUAGUCGUGUCGUUAAAACGUAUUUUUUUAUAAUUAAACGUAAAUGGAAAAUUGUUGUUUAUCAUACUAUUAUAAAUAAAGCAAAAAAACCUGUUAAAAAACAAAAUCGAUGACUUCGUCACGCGUUAAUUAUAGAAUGAAGUCGUUACGUACCUAAUAAUAUUCAUCAUAAUUAUUCACGAAUAAAGUGUUGAAAAUAAUUUAAAAACUAAUGAUUUUCGAUAGUUUUUUUAUUGACCUUGUAGUCGAAACAAUAAUACUACAAGACUGAGAACAAUUUGUUGUAUAUAUACAGAAAGCAACGGUUAAUCAUUGCAAAAAAAAAAACUAAUUUUGAGUGGAUCAAGUCAAACUGGUAUGUGGUGAGGUUAUUAUAAUUUAAUUUGUGGCUUUUUCUCAUAAUUGUGAUUAAGGUAAUCCAGAUAUCAACAAAUUGAAAGAUUGGGAAUCUUAACAUUGUUUUCAAAUAAAAUACAACCAGGUGAAACUUCCGUGGUACAAUGUAACCAAUAAUUGAGAAUAUUUUUUGUAACCAAAAUAGUCGUGUUUUAUGAGAAAACCCAACAUUUUUAUAAAACGAAAACACACGAUUUUAACAAAAAUGGGUUACCAUUACAAAUAAAUUAUUUUUCGUAUUCGCUCGAUCGAUUUCAAACAACCCAGUUUAGUUAUCUCUUUUUCCAAUGUCCAUAUAUAUACAUUAUAUAUAUAUAACAUACACCUUUUUUAUUAUUAUUAUUAUUAUUGUUUUUUUUUUUUUUUUUUUUGUUGUAAUAAAUAAUUAUUUUCUUUUUAGAUUAUCAAUAUUUUCCCUGUUUAAACGGAUUAUUAUCAUUAUAAUUUUUUUUUUUUUUUUGACGAAAGAAAAAUGAAUUGCAGCGCGUAUUUUCCCCUGAUAAUAAAAUUACUAUUACUGAAUUAUAAUAUUUAUUUUGAGAUGUGCUCAGCGGGUAGUUAGUUUUUUUUUUUUUUAUUAGAUUUUAAAUUACUUCAAGAGUAUAAUAAAUACUUUAAUUUAUAUUUUAUGACGGACUAUGAAAAAAAGUAGAAUGCAGGAAGCAUGGUAUAAUAUAACGAAUGUACAAUAUAUAAUAUUAUUAUUUAAGACAAUUUUUUAUUUGUUUUUUUUUUUUAGUAAGUUUCCGAUCAAUGGAGUAAAUUAUUAUGAGUAAAUUAUAAUGGAGAAUUAUUUUAUAUAGAUGCUGAGUGAAAUUAGUUUUUGGAAACAUUUUGUUUAGUUUGUCUAUUUCCGAAGGAAGGGGCUAUUAUGAUGGGAGAUGGCCGGAUGGGCAACUUUUUGGACGUUCGUUUAAGAUUUUUUGUGAAGGGAGAAAACCCGUUUUGAAAAUUUAAUGAUUUUCACACAUUUCUCUUGAACUUUUAACACAGAAUUUGAUAGGUAAUAUUGAUUGGAUAUUGAACGAUAGUAUUUCUGUUCUACUAUAUUGUUUGGUAGAUAUUGAUCGCCGGUUUUUAAAUAUUUUAAAAAUAAAAAAUCACAAGUACCCUCGUCUGUGCAAUAUAUUAACGACUGUUUUACUAUGUACCCGCGAGUAUAUACGUGCGACGACGAAGCGUGUGUUGACAGAAAAUAAGAAAAAAAAAUUGACCGAUAGUGAAAUAUGGCACGUCCGUCCGAUAAAAUAAUAAUAGCAAGAGUGAAGGAGGUGAGUAGUGGAUUUAUGAUAUUUACGGUCGAUCGUUUUUCGUUCGUGUUCGUUCGACACGAUGGUUUUUAUGAAACGUUUAUUGCAAACUAUCAAUAUUUUAUAAUGUAUACGAUCAAAAUGGCGGUUUUAAAAGUUUUUUAGCCGACCGAAUCGUUUCACUGUAAUAUAAUGUUAUGAUAUGCAUGGUACUUAAGGAGACUGCGCAUGAUCUGUUUUCUUACAUGAAAAUAUGUUUUACAGGUUUCACACUCUCCUGUCUCGAAGAGCGUUCCAAUGUCAACUUUUUUUUUUUCUCGAAAGAAGACUUUUAAUGGCACAUUGGAUUUUUAAAAUUACAUUUCCAAUAUAGAACUUGAUAAUGACCAAUGUUUCAGUGUUUUUAAAACUUGUUUUUUAUUUUAUUUAUUGAGGUUUCAGUUACUUAUACCAAAUCAAAAAUCAUAGUCCAAUGCACCUUGUAGGAUGGAGCAGGAGUUUUAACAUUGUAAACUACACUUUUCUGUUAAAAUAUAUUUUGUUUUAUUGUUAUUAUUCAGUGUAAAAUACUCCUAAAGACCUGUAAUUCGCUGCCAGGGGUAUAGUACGCUUUAGACACGAUACAGUUUCUAACAUAUUCUGGCGUUAUAAGUAUUUUUUUUUUUUUUUUUAUAGUCUUUUUGAAAUGUUUAGUUUUCUGCCGAUACAAUAUUUCGGCUUCUUGAAAUAAUAUUUGAUACAUUUAUGACAUAUCAUGACAUACAGUUAUAAACUAAACUACCGUAUACGUAAUAUUAAACGUUUCUAACUGCCCAUCUCCCCAGAAGUUAUAUACAAGAGUUGUAAAAUUGUGCUAGCAUUCCGCUAACAUUUUUCAAUUAAUUUUUUUUUUUUUGAAUUCCGGAGACUAGGAGGUUCAGACACCUGAUCGCUCAGCGAAGCAUUAUUCAAAAGUUGCACACUGAUUCACAUACAAAUUAAAUGGUCUAUAACUCUCCCCUUAUCUAAAAUUAAAAGUAAAAAUCCCGUCAACGGGUUGAAGACGUUUUAAAAAUGUCAAGACAAAAGUUUAUUUAAAAUAAUUCUUCAUCUAUUUAUGAAAUUUUUAAUAAAGGUAGCCAUUUGAAAAUCAAAAGGAAGUAGUCAUUUCGCCCCUAAAAAUAAAGGUAACAAAAAAUAAUGAUAAUUAUAUACUUUAGAGUCACUCGUUUCUUAACUUAUUGAAAAAAAAAAAAAAUAGUUUUAAAAAAGUCAACUUUUUGAAAUAAUGAGUGUUUCACAUUAAAUGAAUCACUAUAUCAAUAUUGUACACUCUGUAUACUGUAUAGUACAUAUUAUUUUAUAUAAAUCACAACACUAUUCUCAAGAUGAACACUUAUGUAAGUUACUGUCAACAUUUUCGCUCAUUAUAGGCUCAUUAUUUGGAUGAAUCUGAUCUAGAAGCCAGGUUUUCAAUUUUUUUUUUUUUUUCACUGAGUUUCUAGUAUUUUUGAACUUUCCCCACCUCUCGGGUUAACGGUUUACCAUUAACCGAUGUUUCUACCCUUCGUAAUGGAUUUUCAAGUGCGCAGCGAUAAUAAUAAUAAUAAUAAUUGCCUUUGCUUUCAGUAUAAUAACAUUCAGUGAUAAACUUAUCACAAUAAGUCAUAAGCGCUUUUUCGUCAUCACCUACAGCUUUUUUCUCGCUUUUCAAAAUUUAUUCGGUACGGCGAUGAUGGUGAUGAUAUUGAACAGAUUGAACAAAGUCCUACAACGAAACGAUCGUAUUAUAUGUCGCGUAUUAUAAUCGUUGAUAAUAAACUCGAUUAGGAACAUUUAAUUAUUAUUCUACUCGGCCGUGUCGACCCUCUUUCUUUUUCUUUCUCACUCUCAUUUUCUCUCACCCUAUAUACAUAAGUACUCGGAUAUAUAUAUAUAAUAUCUUUGUUAAAAGUGCGUGGCAUUAGUUUAAACGUCAACGCACGCCCAUGUAGCUGAAAACGAUCGUUUAUUUUCAACGUCACAAAAUUUGUUGAUAAACAACACGGUCGUUUUAACGGAGUUCGUUGUGCUACACUGUACGACCGCGACGACAAAGUUCCCUUCCUUGCCACUGCUGGCGUACGGUUUCCGUUUUUAUAUUGUCGUCGUUUUGUCACUUCAAACAUGCCUACGUUUCCGGACAUUUUAUAUUUAUUUUAUUUUGAUGAAAUUAAUUAUAUUUACAAUAGAAUAGUACUACAGUACCUCUUAAAAAAAAUAUAUAUAUUGCAAUAUUAUAACUUAUGAUUAGGUUCAGGGGUACCUAACCUAACCUAUAAUCUAUAAGAAUAAUUGAUAAAUAUCAAAACUAAUUUUACUAAUAACACACUAAGAAUUGAGUUGAUAAUACUUGUGUUAUAAAAAAAAUAUAUUUAGGUAAACACAGAUAGAAAACAGAAAAGUUCUAACUUGGUUAUAAUUUUAGGUAAAGUUUAUUAAAACUUACAAUGUAUUAAAAACAUUAUAUUACUAUACAUUUGAUGUUGUCCUAACAUCACUUAUGUUAAGAAAAAAAAAAAACAAAACUGAAUUUGCAAUAGACGAUGAAAUAUUAACAAUGAAAGAUAAUGAAGAUAGUUAGAACGUAUAUUUUUUAAAUUAAAUAAAUCAUAACUUCUCGUUAAAUUGGAUUUAGCUUUAGAAUUUUAUUUUAUUUUGUUUUAUGACAUUAAAUUUUAUUAUUUAAUAAUUUAAAAAGAAAAAAGAAAAAAUGUAAAUAUAUAUGUUUUCUGCGAUGCCUCUAUGUAAAACUGUAUACUUCUUCAUAACCUAAAUUUUGAAGUUUCUUGACCUAGUAUUUUAUGAAUAAAAUACGUAAAAAAGUGUUCUGAAUUGAAUAAAUAAUAAUGGUUCAUAAUUAAGGAAUCGAAAGACCAAGUUACGGCAUACUUACUGUGACCGUGAAAUAUAAAAUACACGUCUUUUUAGCAAAAUAAUUAAUACAAUCGAAAAAAAUCUGGUUUUUGAGGCCUAAUCUUGAUUAUAAUUUAUUCUUUAUCUUAAUGAUGUGUUCUUAUGUGCCGUUUUGGCGGUCAAAAAAAAAAAAAAAAAAACGAACUAAACAAAUCAUAUUAACCACAACGUGAACAAUUUUCUCAUAAAACUUUGGUACCUAUCUAAUAACCUUAGAUGGGUACUCGACCAUCUUACCUAUCUUAAAAAAUAAAAUUAAAAAUUGAAAAUCUCUCUGUAACUCUGUCUGUUUGCCAAAAAAAAAAUUAAUAGUUUUAUUCAGAUCUCAUUAACAUUCUGCACACAUGGCAUUCAAAACAAGUAGAAGGUCUUUUUAUCUCAAAAUUUAACCCCCUAAAAAUGACUCGCGCUUGAUUUUUUUAUUUGAAACAAUUUAGAUUUUUUCGGUUGAUUACGGAGUUACAUCAAUAACACUUAUGAACUAAAAAGAAAAAACAACUAUUAUUAUUUAAUUUAGUUUGUAAAUACAAGGAAGAUUAGGAUAAAUAUAAAUUACAGCGAUUAUCUGAUGUAGGAAUAAAUAUAGAAACGGGAAGACGCGUUAAAUUGAAUUUCUUUUAUUGAUUUCUGUUUUUUAAAGGAUUUUUACCGAGUAAUUCAGCGUAAACUAUAAAAUAGACGCUACCAACGUCUAUUGUAGGAUAACCAUACGCCCUAUUUUGUGCAGGAUUAUCCUUUUUUUCAUCUUAGUGUCUUUUUGUACAGAUGUACUUCUUAGAGGAUGCUAUUUGUCCUGUUUUUUUUUUUUUUUAUGUCAAUGCCAAUUAUUCCGUAUUAAUUUUUAUUUUAUUUAAUCAAAUUUAAACAUUUUAUAGUAUUAAUAUACACAUUAUAAUUUCAUCUUAAUUUUGGAUAAAACAAAUUUGUAUUCUUGAAAAAUAAUAAUUACAAGAAUCGAUACCAUGUUAAACGUAAGAUUACGGCUAAGAUACACUGGUAUAUUUAAAAUAGUUAUUAAUAUAGGUAUAAUUAUGAAAAAUUAACAACAUAAAAUUAUAAUAAUUAAUAAAUAUUACUUUAAAUGUAUAACUGAAAUUAUUUUGAACUGUUUUAAUUUUUUUUAAAAAAUAGGUCACCCUAGUCUAUCGUAAAAAUUCCUGAUUGAACGGUAUGAUAAAUUAAUUAUUGAAAAUAAAUUAACGAAGAUAGGCGUUCACUGAUAUUUUCGGAUUCCCUACGAUAAUAAUAUAAACGAAGCGAUUUUUCGUUUUCCUGACUAAAAUGUUUUUUUGUCAAAUCGCAAACGACAAUAAUUAUUUCAUAUAAUGAAAUAUUAGUGAUAAUGUCAUUUCUUAUCGAGAAUCAAAGACAUAAUCGGAUUGAUACCUAAUUCGCCAUGUCGUAUUGUCAGUUGGUAGCCACUCCGGGGUCAUAUAAUGGUAAAAGAUAGAAAAGAGGAACGAGAUAAGUUUCGAAAAAUUUAAUUCGUCUUGUUGGAUUUGUUGUUUUGACAAGAUAAAACGAAAAAGAAAAAAAACUAAAAGACGCAGUAGCUGUUGAAAACUAUAAUAAUAAUCGAUUUUAGACUUUCAAAGUUUACCGGGGAAAAUAUUAUAGAAGUAUUAUUUUGGGCGUCACGUACCGUCAUAGAAUUCGAUAACGUGUGAAAAAUAUUAUUAAGUCAAAUGAAAAUAUGAUGUAUAGAAUUCGCCUUAUUUUGAUUUAAAACCCUUAUUUCACAAAAAUUUCGUGAAAAAGACUACAGGCCAAUAACCCAUUUAGCUCCCCUUUCCAAAUUUAUAUUUUAUACGAAGACCGGUUUCAAUGAAAACUUCAGAAAAUACUGUUCAAUAUGAUAUUGUUCCUAGGAUAAAAUAUUAUAAUAUUAUACAGUGAUAUAUAUUAAAACUAAAGUGAAAAAUAUAUUGAAGUUACGUUUUUUUCUUUUUCAAUGCAUCCUUGAUCCUUCUCAAGAAGCGUAACCAAUAUGAAUACCAAUAUAAUUUUGCUAAAAUCCCAAAAUAAGUAAAUUAAAAUUAUGUACAUAUUUUAUUCAACAACUUUUAGAGUUUCGAGCCGAUAAAUUUAUAUUCCAUACACGUGUGAAACCAUUUUAUGGCCUCUGAAAGAAAAAAAACGCAAUUUAUCAUAUAGGAAUGGGAAGAAAAAAACACUUGAAGAAAUUGAGAGACCCAUAUUAUCGUUCAGGCGCACAUUUAACCAUAAAACUCGACAAUUUUGGCUCGGAAUAUAUUAUAAGAAUAGUAAAACUAAUUAUUUUCUUCAACAGUCAUUAUGUCACAAUGUCACCGAUAUGAUUAGAACUCAGUAUAAACAGAAGUCGUGUUAUAGAUCAAAACCGGGAUCAAAUCACGUGUAUUAUGGGAUUUUAUUCGAUUUGUUAGUAAUAUUUUUGUUUUAGUUUUAACAAUAUUAAGGUUAAAAUUGAAAACCAUUAACAAUAAUAGUUUAAUGUUUCAUCAGGGCACGUUUAUAUUCGAAUAAUAAGUUAAGUGUGGUAUGAUUCCAACCUUCCACCAGUUCAUUAAAUGUUCAAGACAUCACUGCGGUUUCCUAUGUAUUUUGGUUAAAAUAUCAAAUAUAUAUUAUUUUUUUCGCUUGAAUUUAAACUAUUUUUUUUUCAAGAGACGUUUGUUGACAAAAAAAAAACCCAAUUAAAUUCUGUCCGAUUUAUACGAAAAAUGAAAAAAAAAAAUUAUAUUAUAUAGGUACAUACAAUAGAAUAUUUCAACAAAACGAUUUUUGAAAAAGAUUUAAUUGAAAAUACGCCGCCAGUACUAUAGUGAGGAAAUGGAUAUAAGAUACCGCGAGAACGAACAAAUAUCGAAAGUUUGUUUUCGAAAUAAGACAGCGGCAGACGACAAAGGACUGCUGUGGUAAGACGGUGAAAAUAACAAUACGGACAGAAGCGAUGGGGAGAGUAUGAAAACCAUUUCAAAUAUAAUAUAUUGUAUAACCUACCUUGCAAAAAAAUAAAAAAAAAAUUGAAAUAAUUGCAUUUAUAUUAUACAGGUUAAGUUAACCUAACUUAACCUAAGCUGUUACAUCAUCGUUAAAUUACGGAAGACAAAAGACAAAAUAAUUUCCGAAUAUAAACGCAUAAAAAGAAUAUAAUUAUUUUCGAGAAACUCUAAAAAUUGAUUGAAUAAAAUAAACUAAUACAAGUGAAUCAUCACCUAAAAUAUGUUUUUUUUUUUCAUAUUCCUCCCCGGUCACGUAUUUACAAACCCUAAAUCCGAAUUCGGUUUAAGCCGUAUAAAUACACACAACAUAUCGUGGUUAUACGCCAAGGACUAUAAGACUCUUGCAGAUUUGAGGUUUAAACAUCGGACACUGAACGACAACAUUCUCGGAUCAUUAUCAGAAUUUGAUCAUCCGGUAUAAAUUAUUAAAACUUCUAAAUCUCUUAAAACCAACUUGUUUACGUUUUGUAUCAAACUCGGAUAGUAUCUGUAAAUACAUUCCCCGGCCGGUCCUGUUUUACUUUCAGCAGCAGAUACGCAGAAAUCGGCUCCUCAAUAAGUAUACAAAACUUUUAGGAAAACAAAAAAAAAACUCUACUCGUGGACUUGUUGGACGUUGUUGGACAAUAAUUGUUGAACACAUUUUACGCUUAUACCUACCUACGGUGCCGAGUACGUUACGAUCAAUAUAUUUCCAUUCUUGUAUAGAUUAAUAAAAUAACCGAUCUAAAGCCAAUGGUCUAUCUGAUCGAUUCGUUUUAUUUUUAGAGAUCCGUAGCCAGAAUGUUCAUCGAGUUCGUAUGUCACGGACUUUUAAUUCCUCUAUUUUUCAAUCGAUUCUGAUGAAAUUCUACGAAAAAAUUACUUGUGUAAAUCAUCAUAUAAUAACUAUUGGGUACUUGUAAAACAAUAUAGUUUUUUAUAAACAGAGAACUGAACAUAAACGCUUUCCGCGCAACCUAUUGUGUGGCAUACCGUCAGGAAGACCGUUAAAAAUGCAAUAGGGUAUGAUGUCAACGCGUUUUCUGGCUCAAAAAUAAUAUGUCUUACAAAAAAUAUGCAUGCCUCGUAAAAAUAAACCAAUUCUAACAAUUAAACUGUUUGUUUUUUUUUUUUUUUUUAAGAAGAGGAUAUCGUACUCCGUUUUUCAAUAUUUGAUAAUAAUGGAUAUUUAAUAAACUUACUGUAUAAUAUGUUUUCAAAAAAAGUCAAUUUAAACUUUUUUUUAUAAUUAGCUGUCCCACCAGCAUUACCCGUGCUAGAAAAUAAUAUUAAUUUUAGUAUUUUUUUUAAAACUUUUUUCAUUUAAUCCAUAUCAUAAUAGGUAACACAAAUACCAAUAACUCCUUUUCAGCUCUCUUUUAGAGGUUAAAUUGUAGAUAAAAUGUGUCUGUAUGUUAUUUCUGGUCUACAACUAUAUUAUGUACACACCAUACAUACUAUUUAUAUACUAUAUUAUAUGUAUAAUUUACAACUAUACAUUUGCCAAGUUUCAGCUCAAUCCGUUUAGUAGUUUUGGCCAGAAGGGGUGAUAAACCAUGGCAAUUCGUCCAUCUGUCUACCAAAGCAAACUUUUGCAUUUAUAAAAUCAGUAGGAUUUGAAAUCAAAAAAAAAAUUAUACAUUUAUAUAAAAUAUGAACUGUAGAAUGUUGUUUUCUAUCAAUUAAAAAAUAAACAGUAAAAGUAUUUAAUUCACAAUACGUAUGAGUUAUCCCUAUCAUUCUCACGAUAUCCUUCUGUAAACACGUCCUUACAACUUCAUCUCGAAUGAGUAUUAGGUAGUAGAUUGGUGGAAAACGGCUUAUGGUAUUAGGUUAUUAUUAAUAUUAUUAAAACGUUAAAAAUAUUUUUUUUGAGAUUGGAGAAAAUUUGGAAAACCGAUAACCCGGGCUACUUAGAAUUCACAAGUAGUGUUUUUUAUGCGGAUGAUGAAUGUUUCGUGACACAUUAUAAGCGCCUAAAGUCGAUUAUAAUAUCCCUUAUCGCUAUACUAUACAGGUUGAUCAACAUAAUGUAAGACACUCAUUAUCUCGGAAAGUAUUUAUUAUUUUUUGAUUUUCGUAUUUUAGAUAUUCUACGAUAAAUAAUCCAAAUUUUAAAAUAUUACAUUACUGUAAUUAAUCUUUAAUAAAGGUUGCUAUAAUCAGAAGUAGAUAGUUGUUUUACCACCAUAAAUAAGCAUGAUAAAAAAUAACGGUGUCCCGGGGAAAAAAAAUGUUGUAAUAGUUAACAGUUAAAUAUUUUUUAGUUUGGUUUGGAUUAUCUAUUGUGUAUCUACCGCAACUAGCUGUUUAUUUGUUGUUUCUAAAGCUAAUAGUUGUAUAUACUGUUCACGAAUAGUUGAAUAAUGGUAAUAAAAAUGUUGCAUAGUCAUAUAUAAAUUUAACUAUUCAGUUUAGGGUAGUACAAUUCUAAUUUAUAGUAUUGUUAAACUUUCCAAUAUGGCUUAAUAUAGCCGUAUAAAAUUGGUCGAAACAAUAAUAAUAUUACGUUGCAAAAAAACAAAAUGUAAAUGUAAUUGUUUUUUACUAUUUCUAUGCUGUAAAAAUUAAAUUAAUUUAAUUAAUCAUGACAUAAUAUAAUAGUUUGAAAUUAACCAUACCACACUCCACCCACCAAAGACUUCCCUCUUGCUGAUUCAAAAGCAAAGAAGUGUAAAAUAUUUAGACAUUCGCGGUUACCAAAACUUUGUAAGUACAUUAUUCACAAGUGUCCGGCAGUAUCAUAUCCAGAAAUAAAUUAAGGCGAGGGGGAAGAGAACUAAUUAUUUUUUAUAUUACAAACUUUAUUUUUACUAUACCAGAACGAUAAAUUAAACAAAUAAAAAAAAAAUCUGAUCCCAGAGCUCCCCCCCCUCCCGGCUACACUGAUGUUUGCAAUUCAGAGUAUGUUAUAUUUUUAGAGCUACUUGUUUUUUAUAAGUUAAUGACCCUUUAUGUUGUUUAUUAAUACAAUAAGUUCUGUUGAACCCCAAGUCGGUGGGUGUUUAGAUUCUGAGUGAAGCGAAGAAACUCAUGAUAUUACAAAGAUGUUUUUUUUUCUUUGGAAAAUUUUUCUACCAGAAAUUUUGCUUCGGUUUACAAGUGUAGCACUUUUUCUAUUACAUUGAUAGCGUCUUUUCUGCAAGAAAAUCUAACAGAGGAAGUACUUUAAGAAUGUCAUUUUUUCGAUUUUCCCAGGAAGAAUUCCAAUUAAUGGGAAAAAAGUGAAAAUAGGUACAAUAUUAAACAAAUAUUAUUAAAUAAUAUGUAUAAUAUCUAUGUAAUUAUUUUACCAUAAUAUGACAAAUAAAUUGUUAACAAAGCAACAAAAUUAACAGAACUCCGUAGAGAAUUGUUUUUUCGUUACCAAUGAUGUGUCGUUGCUUACAGACAUACAUUAAAUUUUCCCUCUACUACCUUUCUAACUUCUCACCUACAACAGUGGCCCACCCUAGUACGAAGUUGCCCGGUAGUUUUAUUUUUUAUUUUCCUUUGUGACAUUAUACUGAUUGGUGAUUUUUAAAAAUCUAUGUUAUACCUAAUUAUUAAUUAAUAGUUAAUUACAAUUUAUUUGUUAUGGAAAUGUAUAAUAUAAAGGUACAUAACAUUAAUGUUAUCGCUAAAUAUCUGAAACAGAUCGAUUGGUGUAACAAGCGUUGUAUUAAUAUUAUUACACCACUCUUUUAUAAUACCUGUAAUAUUAUUAUAGGUUCAUGUUUCAAUGAUAUUCGCAAGAGAAAAUUAUUUUAUUCGGAAUAAAUUCAUUACAUUUAUUCGAUGUAACAUCGUAAAAAUAUAAUAUAACAUAUGUCACGAUACAUUUCACAGUUUGUUUUUUUUUUUUUCUGUUAUUCAUCGAGAAAACAUUAACAUAAUAUCGGGAAAUGCACUAUGAGUCAAUAUUAAUAAACAUUACAUAAUAACACAAUAUAAUAAUAAUGUUUCUUGAUAAAAACGGAAGAAGAGAUGAUUUUUUCAUAUUCUUUUAGGGUUUUUUAUUUUAAACAGAGAGUGUGAAAACAAUCGAAAUUCAUUCUUAUUUCGUUAUUUUUUGCGAAACAAUGAUUAAUAAUAUUAUGUGUAUAAUUGUAUAUAUUAUUAAUGCAUUCGCUACAUAAUAAUACAAUUGUUCAAAAAUUAAAACGCGUAUCGCGUAAUUUUAAGAUUAUUAUUUAUAUUCGGCCGCGGUACUUAACGCUUUUAAUUUAUAGUGUUUUAUUUUCGGCUCGACGAAUUAAAAUUUGUAUGAUAUUCGACAUCCCUUAAGUCGUUAGCCAACAACCAAUUGACAUAUUACUCGUAUCGACAGACAUUCAAACAGUGGACUUAUCGUCAAACGUUUAUUAGAAUAUUAGUACUUAACCGCAUUUAUAUUCAAGAUUCUGAGAUGCGUUUUUUCCCUUUAAAAACACUUCAUUAAAUACUGCUCGAAUUUUUUCACGUUAAAAUAGACGGGAUUCCCGCUCAGAGAUACUUUCGCUGGGAACACUCUUUAAAAUUAUCAACGGUUCACUCCCCAGGUGGUGCUUUUUUAUUACACGACAAACACUUUUCUGGUUAGAAAAAAAAAAAUACUCCAAAUAUGGUUUACCUCAUAUCGAUCUCGUAAAGAUUUUUCAACCCUCGGUCAUACAUUACCUGAACAAUGUUUCUUAAAAAUUAACACAACCAGUACGACUGUAUAUUGGUUUUAUUAUUGUUGAUUUCUGGGAUAUUUUGGCUGUGAGGUAAUACAACACAAUUGUAUUGUCAAGCCAGUCAACCGAGUUUUCUUGAGAAUCGUUUUUAAAUUUCAAUUAUUUAUUGUUGCUAUCAGUAAGUAAAUUAUAAAUAACCCUAUAUUUUUUGACGAAUUUCUUGCCUACAGCAGCUAUAGUACGGGCCACGGUGUGAUGUUUGUCCGGCUUCUUUUUAGAUUUGUUUUUAACUUUUCUCUUACGUCUUUAGACUCUGUCUAAAACAAUAACUGCUAUUCUUAUUCGAAUACAAGUAUAUUAAUUUCAGUUUUUUUUUAUACAAUAUAAUUGUAUAUUAAUUGUUUACCUAACCUUGCAGGUGAUGACAGAUUGUAUUCAAUAGUUAUAAAAUUUAAAAUAUAAAUACAAACCUUUGAUACUCGUUUCUAAAUUUCAGAGUGAUCCAUAACUCGUUGAGAAACUUUUUUAAAAGUUUUCGUCUAGGUUUGUUCUGGUUUUCGCGAAUUAUUAUUUGUGUAUUAUAAAACGUAGAAAAUAUUUGAAUGAAAACAACGCACACGGACGCAUCGUCACUCUACCGUCUUCGUAUGUUAACCAAAAUAUUUUGUUAUGUUUUCGCCGGGCGUUGCACUUUUGAAAUAAUAUUAUAUGGUUUACCUUUUUGUAAGGCCAAUCGGCUGCAGGCACGGGCUUACUUGGCAGAAUUCGCAGUGAACGGAAAAAUAAGAAUCGUCAGGGAUAUUAUUUACUUAUGUCCACGUGUUAUUUCCGAUCGAUGUGCGUCCGUUCCGGGUGGCGUAACGGCGAGUAGAGGAAUGUAGUAUGUAUGACGCACCUCCCCUAAUGUGUGUGUAAGACGUGUGUAGGUAUUAAAGAUGGGAAGAGAGGACACAAAUAAAUCAUAAAGGCUUGGACUUGACUCAGUUGAGGGCCUUUAACGGUGUGUAGAGGUAUAUAUAUAGUCAAAAAUGUGAAAACAAAAUGAUAUCGUCGUUUUCUAUCUAUUAUGAUGUAAAAGCGAAACAUUAGUAGAAAUUGAUUUCAACAAAUUGAUUGAGAAAUUUUGCAUCUCACCGCCAUGAGGCAUCCACGGUUGGUGUAAACGAUGACCCAUGUACAUUUGAAUUUAAAUCCGCAAAGAAUGUAUGUAAAAAUGAAAAAUUUAAUUGAGUCGCGGAUUUUAUAUGGUCGGAUUUCAUCGCAUGUGAAAUAACCGAAGGUCAAGAAAGCGAUCAUGAAAAGCUAACGAUGUUAUACAAAACGGAAUCUCCCGAGAGUGUAUCCCGUGGGUUAUUUUCACGUGGAUAGCGAAUUUUCUCUCUCUCUCUCUCUCUCUCUCUCUCUCUCUCUCUCUCUCUGUAUAUAUAUAUAUAUAUAUAUAUCUCCCAAUUCCUUCGCAAGACAAUAUUAUUAUAAGCUAUUGAUAUAAAUAAUAUAACAGGCCCGUUGAACAUCGUAAACUCGCUCGGAAAAUUCGGUUCAAAACCGAGGUCAAUGGAUUUAGGUACGACGCCAUACAAUUUUCGUUUUUACACCUAGUGCAUAAUUUAAAAGAGUCAGCAGUGUAUAUAGGUAAUUUCGUUCCAAAAUUGUAUUAUCAUUAUAUUCACGAGAAUUUCUGGUCUAUGGGAUUGUGUCUGUAAGAGGAGAAACCGUAUUACCGUGUGUCUUCUAAAUUCAUUUUUUUUUUUUUGUUUUUUUUUUUUGUGCUCCAUAAUAAUCUCUGUCAGAGUGUUGGUUAUUUCUACUUAGCCGGAUUAAGGAGGAUCAGAAAUGAAUAUAUAAUAACAGAUAGUGCGGAGAGAGUGAAUAUAGUGAGAUAUGAUGUGAGCGAUGAAGAAAAAUGAUGAGAUUAUUAAGAAUAUAUAAGAGAUUUAAGUGUAGAUGGAAGCCGGGAACGACCAAUGAAGUAUUCUAGGUUAGGACAGGGUGUAUAUAGUAGAUACUAUGAAAAUGAGACUAUAAAUGACCCCACUUGAGUGCGAUCAAGAUAAUAAUAUUUAAUAAUAUGGUUUUUAUUGACCUUAAUGAUAACUUUCCCUAAUUUACUAUCUGAUACAUAUUUAAGGGGAAGGUAUACUGCAGUUACGAAUAUAUAAUAACUUAAAAUAAACGUGAGCUUAAUAGUUUAAAGGAAAUUACAAAAAAAAACAACUAAAAUAUUUAUCCUACAAGACAUAGAGAAAAAUUACACAAAGUCAAAUAAUUUUUCAAAACAGAAAAUGGACUUCUGGAAGUACGUUUAUUUUAUUCCAGUUAAUUGGUUCUAAUGUAUAAAAAAACGAAUCAUUUUAAAUUGCUUUAAUGUCGAAUACGCGAAAAAACCAUUUCACUUAAUUAGAAACUCUGAUAAAAAAUGUACGCUAUAAUAAUUUUUUGUGAUGGAUUUUUUUUUUUUUUUUUGUUUACAGAUAGGCAACACGUUAAUCAUUUUCGCCGUAUUCACAACCAGGCGACUCCGGACUGUAACAAAUUACUUCGUCAUGUCGCUGGCGGUGGCUGAUUGGCUAGUCGGAACAUUCGUCAUGCCAAUAGGCGUAGUCUACCAUAUUAUUGGUAGGUAUAAAAACGGUGUUGUAAACGUCAGAGUGGGAAUUUUUCUCUGGUUUUUUUUUUUUUUUUUUUUUGUUCUUUUAAUUAUACUUCAUCGUACUCUCCGUGUAUUAUAUAUUAUAUAUACCUACUCUACUUUUUGUAUUCGUCAGACAAAUGGACGUUUGGACCUUUGAUAUGCGACAUUUGGGUCUCAUUGGACGUGUGUCUGUGCACCGCUUCGAUACUCAGCCUUUGCGCCAUUUCAAUAGACAGAUAUUUCGCCAUCACCAAACCGUUGCGGUACUCGAAAAAAAGAAGGUCCAAAAGACUCGCGUCGCUAAUGAUACUAGUCGUGUGGGCCCUUUCGCUGAUAAUCACGUUCGCUCCGCUUUUCGGAUGGUUUGUAUAAAAUAGCGUAUAAAGCUACAAUAGGUAUCUUAAUAAUUAUAGCAUACCCUGAAAAAAAAUAUAUUCUAAUUGUUUAAUGAACAUAUAAUUUUUAUUGUUUUUUGUAUUUUCCCACUAAAUAUUUUAUGCAAUAAAUUCCCCCCCCCCGGUAAUUUUAAACAUUAAAGCGGCUCCUUCCGAACCAAAUUACCUAAAACUCGGGAAUCCGGGUUGUUUUAUAGGGGAAUUUGAUAAUAUUUCGAUAGAAUUUCAGUAUGAAUUUCACCGUGAUACUGUUGCAAAAAUGAUGGCGUUUUUUUAAACUCAGUACGUUUCUACAGACCCCGAAAUUAAGUCUUUAAUUAAUUUAAUUAAGUAAUCAAUUUAUUUUAUUUCAUCAGAAGAAAAAUUUAAUUUUACAAAAUAUUUUUUUAUAUGUAUAUAUAUAAUAUACAGUCUCACGAAGGUUAAAUUUUUUUCAUAUUUUUUUUUUUUAAACAUUAUUCAUAGGGAUAGUUGAAUUAAAUUUUUUUUUUUUUAAUAAAAAAAAAAUUAAAAAAUAACUAUUUUUACUAACUUCGUGAUUUUUCAUCAUUUUUUAAAGUUCAUAGAAAAAAGGUGUAGUCAAUUAGACAUAAUAAUAAUAGUCAAUAUAAGCAGUAUGCUGCACGACCGAUGUUUAAAUAAUAUCAAAGUAAUUUGGUAUAAACUAUAUUAAUAACUGGUAUUAUUGAUAAGUAUAGAUAAUAAAUCGUUAGAUAGGUAUUUAUAAAUAAUUGUAUUAUCCAAUGAUGUGUUUAAUAGUGGUAUCAACGAACAAUUUAUAAGACCGGAGUAUGUUACCGAAAUAAUAUCAUUUUCGGACAAUAUUACUUAACACUGCAGGGACCUAAUUCUCAAACCCAUACGAACAGGAUCCCUAUACGAAAACUGUUUUUUUCACGCGAAUUUUCACAUGAUAAGAAGACGUUGUAUUCCCAAAACGUAUCCGUAUACAAAUUAGUUAUGUUAUGUGGAAAACAUUCAUACGAUUGCUUCUGAUGGGGCUAGGCAGGUAGAUACAUUUUUUCGUAUACGGAUCCAAAUUAUACUGAUAUUAAUAAUAGUUUAUUCGAUUUUCGCCUUACAAAUACGUUCAUAGAAAUAUAAUAUAAUAUGUCUGACGUCUAUCACGCGGUGUAAAAAAUAAUAAUUAUUGUACAAUCUACUAACUCAAAGCAUGCUUUCUAGUUUUUUAUUGGACCCGGUGUACAAUUUAGUAUAUCGCUGAAUUCUUCCUAUUUUUGCAUACUAAUAGCAGGAGUGAAUGUGGUUGGGUGAAUUUUUAAAAAGUCGACCAUUGUCGACUUUUGUUAAUUUGUAACAGAUUGAUAAUUUUUCAUUUUUCCAACAUUUUCAAGUAGACAAUAAAGUAUAACUACUUAAUGUAUGAAUAAAUCGUAUUAUAUUCAUAUUAUUAACUGUACAUACCUAUUCAAUUUGAAUAUUAGCAGAGAGAAAUAUUACGAAUUAUGAUAAAUAUGAAGCAAAUAUAAUAAUAAUAUGUACUACAGUAGUUACAAUAAUAUUAUUCAAAUGAAAUAGGUACAUAAAUAAUUAAGCACGUCAAUGUUUACAUAGAAUUAUCACAUUAAACCUUUUAUUUCCAUAAAAAAUCGAAUAUUUUGCGACGUUACCAAUAUUCGUGGACGGGGCAUCAUUAUCCUAUGAACGAUAGGGGAACCCAGAUUUGUAAACGGAUACAAUCAGUUUGAGAACACAAUUUCGCAUUCGUUUACCGUAUGUGAAUAGUUCGUAUACGGAUCCUAUUCGUAUGAAUUUGAGAAUUGGGUCCCAGGUAAUCUGUAAUUAUCACCACUAAACCAUAGGACAUGACAUUUUUUCGAACGUAUUCUCUUUGACCAAACGUGACCAUAAACAUUUUGAUAUAGUUUCGGUGAUAAUUGACAAAUCGUAAAUUACGCAUUCGGAUUUGGGAGUUUCGGACCGUUGUGAAAUUUCUACUUAUUUUGACCAUUAAAUAUACGUUGCGUCAAUACUUUAAAUGGGUUAAACGUAAAUCUAAUUUCCUAGAAAAAAUCAUAACGAACAAUAUUUUAUUCAAAAUAUGUUUGAAACUAUACAUACGUACACAUCAUAUUAUGAUAAAUUAUAGUAAUUAUUUUGUCAUGACUAUCUUUACUUUUUUAAAAAAUUGUUCAUAAAAUAUAUUAGGUAAAUAGAAACAAAAUUAUUUAAGAAAUAAAACAUCAAAAUAUGUUUUAAUAGUCUCAAAAUUUUAAAUUAUUUUAAAAGAAAAAGUGGCUGAAUAAAAGACGAUGCAGUUUAAAAUACAAUAUAGGUACUAGGUACUACACUAAAAAGUUUUAUUUUAAUUUAAAUAUUAAAAUUACAUUUUUGUUAAACUUGUGAGCGAUUAUAAAUACCUAUGUUAAUUUACUUUAUAUUUAAUUUUUAUUUUAUUAAUUUCCUUUUCGAGGAUUAAUUUACUAAUUGGAUGUCGAUGAUAAAAAAUUGAGUCAAUAAUUAUCUCACAUAACUUAUCAGAAAACUAAUAAUUAGGUUUCUGAAGUUAUAGGAGCUAAAAAAAAAACAAAAUGCGUAUGCAAAUAUGUAUGAAAAAAUGUUAAAUAUGCAAACAAUUAUUUAGCUUAUUGGUCAAAAACAUACGGUUUCAUUAUUAAUAUGCAAAACUAAGAUACAGAUUAAAUACGUAUCGCGCCGUUGUCGUUAAAUUAAUCGUAGAAUGAGACGGUAAGAAAUAAUAACAAAAUAACUACAUUAAACAAUAUUGAAUUUUAAAUUUAAUAUUAUGUAGAAAAAAUUGGUCAAGAAAGAAAAAAAAAUCAUUAUUUUUAGUAAAUAUUAAAUAUGAAUAAAAAUAUGCAAAUAUCAGUGAAAAUCUACGAAAUAUGCAAAAUAUGCAUUUUAAAUCUUAAAUUUUUUAAACUCUCCAUCGUAUAGAAAGUAUUUCUAGCUUAGUCUGCUAUAAAUUCAGAGCAUACAGAAAAAUAUGCAACUUCUAUAACUUCCGAGCCCUACUAAUAAUUGUGCCUGGUUCAUCUCAAAUAAAAAAACAACAUUAUAUUAAAUAAAAUGUUUAAUUAUAAUUAUAUAAAAAAAAUAAUAAUAAAAUGUAACCGGGUAAACUCAUAAAAAAUAUUGUUAACUUUAAGUUCUUAGGUUAUAAUAAUGUUUUAAAUUGAAUAGAUAAUUUAGUUCAUUAAGAACUUGUAAUAUUGAGUAUUAUCAUCGGAAUUAAUUAUUAAGCAUUAUUAUAGGUCACUUUCUCUCUAAAAAAAAAAGUGAUAUCUCAUGGUAACAUAAUUUUUUGAUGUAAAAGUAAUACCUUCCAAAAAUAAACAUGUAAUUUUCUGCAUGCCAUAAUAUGUGACAUUUAACUUCAUUCUGAUGGUUAAAUUGUUUGAAACAUUUAUAAGAUUAUUGUAUUAUAUGUACAUGAAUACUAUGCUAAUUUCAAACCGUUACGUAUUACUAUAAUGAUACUUAUAGGUUUGUUUUGAUCAUUUAACCAACAAAUAUUAAUUUAAAUGAUUUUGUGUCAAUUUUUUUUUAUUCUUGAACUAGAGAUACUAGUGAAAGAAAUGUGGCAUAAUAUGCAGUAGGCUCUUGUAAAUCCGACCAUAGGCUAAUAUGAAAGACACGGUAAUCUGAAUAGACUUAAGAGCGUUUUAUCAAAAUAUAGGCCAGUGUUGAAAAAAAGUAGCUGAAUAAUUUAAAUGAGUAUCUAAUAGUAAAAAUACGGAUAUACUUUGAACGUGGAUGUGUCACUUUUAUAGGUGAGAAAUGUUGAAGAUAAUAGAGGGGAAAUUUGAUGUAUAUCUGUAAGCAACAAUCAAAAAUUGCUAACAAAAAUACGAUUCUGAACGGAGUUUGCUCGAUAGUGUUAUUUUUUCAGCAAUAUAUAUUUCAUAAUACGAUAAAAUAAUUAUAUAUGAAUUAUAUAUUUUCUCUGAUAAUAUUUGUUUAAUAUUGUGCCGAUUUUCCUAGUUUCCCUACGUUUUUCCUGGUAUCCCAUUGUUUUAUCCAAUUAUUGAGAAAAUCAAAAAAUUACCUCCUUAGAGUAUAUCUCCAAUCAGAUUUCCUUUGAGAAAGAAAACGCUCAUUGUAAAUCAGAACAAAAUUGCUGGUAGAAAAGUUGUCAACAGAAAAAUAAAUGGCUAUAACUUCGUGGAACACCCUGUAUAUCAAUUACUAACCCUGCAACGGUAGUCGGAACUUUUUCGGGAUAAUAUAUUAUUAUUUAAACAAACACGGGACAAACGCUUUAAGAGGUUUCUUUUCUUUUUUCCUUUAAUUUUUAUCGAAAUUCUCAGUUUUGCCAGCCUAAACCGAACGAAAAAAAACCAAAAACCAAUGGAAAAAUAUUCGCGAGUAUAAGCGUUUAAUUAUAAGUGUGAAAACUUUUCUCUAUUGUUUUUCAAAUGCAUUGAUUUUUCAUUACGUUUUAAAAAAUAAUAAUAAUAAAAAUCACCAUCGACUUUACCCCGUCUUUUCAUGCCGCCGCCGGCAUUUUAAUUUCAUUUUCUAAAGCGAAACAUAUUAUUCCUCCUACAAAAUCACAAGUAUCGUAAUAUCGAAUUUGUAUAAUAUCGUAUUUUAAAAGCGUUCAAAAGCUUUCACAAAAGAAGAACGGUGAAUUGACAGGAAAUUAAUUUUAUAUUCCCAGAAAUCACGGUGCCCUAUAAAUAAUACUUACUAUUCACGCCCGUCGAAAAUUAAAAUCGUUUUAAAUAUAAACUAUUGUGGUUUCAAUACUCAAUAUUGUACCGUGCGCCAAUACUUACACAGAAAGAUCGGGUUUUCAUUGUUGGUCAUUAUGCAAGGGGACUUGAACAAUAAUAUUAUAAUAUUUUAUUUUUUAACCCUUAUUCACACGAAUUUUUGUAAAUAUUUUUUUUUUUUUAUCGCCAUACGUAUUGUUGGCAAUUUACGAAAUGUAAAUAAUACUAAUAUUUCAACGAGGUAAUUAAAAUAUUUUAAUAUACAUUUGUGAAGGAGAAAAUACGUAUACAAAUAUUGAUAUGCAAUUGUUGUUCAUUCCACCACGAAAUAACCAGAAUAAACACUCCAGACCUGUUUGAUAAACAUCCAAUAUUUCAAAAUCAUUUAUCCAAGUGACCAGUUAACGAUUUAUACAAUUCCCUUAGUUACGUAAUUUCUAGCUGCAAAAUUCUUCACAUCAUUACUUGUAAAGUGUAUAACCUCAAAUUGUAUUGAUAUUUCACACUCCCCACACGUCGUUAUCACAUUCAUAUCGUUGUUUUCUCCACUUUUAUAUUAGAUUUCUAAAUUACAGUAUAGCAUAGAUAAUAAAAACAUCCGGGAACAGCUCUAUACAGAACUUCGUCAAUAGAGUCGAAUUUUUCCUUACGCACCUGUUUUCUAUUGUAGGGAUGUUCUUUGGAAAACAAUAAUUAACCGAAUAUUAUAGUAAUAUUAUAUAAUAUUUGACUACAAAUAUUUUCUACCUGAUUUAAAACAAAUAAUAUAUCGACAUAUAAGCAUACAAAUAGUAGAGUGAGGAUAGUAAAAUGAAACCACCUAAAGGCACCAUUAAUAUAUUUUGCAGUGGUGCAUCUAGGUCAACAAGGUCCCCAGUGUCAAAGGCCCUAAUUUAAGUUUUUUACGUUUAUAUUUGUGAACANGGAAAACAAUAAUUAACCGAAUAUUAUAGUAAUAUUAUAUAAUGUUUGACUACAAAUAUUUUCUACCUGAUUUAAAACAAAUAAUAUAAUAUCAUAAGUAAAUAAUAUAAUAAGUAUUUGAUAGUUUGAAUUUUUUUGUUUAAUAAUCCAUUUUAACACAAUAAUUGUUGGGUGAAAUCUGCAAAAAUGUCAUCAUUACAUUAUAAAUGAAAAAAGUCCAUUGAAGCCUUGGAGAUCUCAUAUUAUCAGACAUUUUAUUUUGACAAGUAUUGAAUCGUGUACUAAUCGUAGACACUAAUCGAAUAUAAUUUAACAAAAACAAACAUUUUCAAUAAAUAAAACAAUUUCGGUAAGACAGUAACUAAGGUCUGUCUCUAGAUCUUGACUAUAGAUGGGCAAAAUAGUUAAAUCUAAUAUUAAUAAUUGACAAGAAAAAAAGAUGGACAUAGUUCGCACGAUUGGUGAGAUGAGAAGAGAAAUUGAAAAGGUAUAGGAUAUUGAGGAAAAUUUAAUAUAUAUCUGUACCUAAAUAAAUGUAAGCAUUGCUAACAAAAACAUAGACUAAUCUUUGAGUCAAUCCUAUGGGAGGAGGGGGCGAACCAUUUUUACUCUUGAAUACCACCGUUUUAGUCAACAAAAUUUUAAAACCUUUAUUUCUGAUGUCAUUUCAACUUAUAUUAGCUUAGAAAACAGCAGAUAUAUUGUACAAAUGCAGUAAAACAGUACAAUAAUUGUACUGUUUUAACUUUUAAAUUAUUUAAAAGUUAAAUUUAUUUUUUUCACAUUAAAUGAAUAAUAAUUAAAUUAAUGUUAAUAUGAAUAACAAUAAUAAUAAUAGAUGGCCAAGUCCAAAAUACUUUUAUUACAAGCAGCAUUUUGAUCAACAAUAUUUUCUAUAUUAGUGUUUUUAUUUUAAUAAAUAUUUAAAAUUAAUAAGCCAGUUAGCCUCUGCUCAACAUUUUUUUUUAAGCAAAAAGUACGACUUUUAAUGAACCCCGUGUUAAAUUCUCAAGCAUUUCUGUUUGGUUUGAUAAUUUUACUCAUAGAGUAGUUACUAAAUAAAAAUUAUGCACAAAACUUGCAAAAUUAAAAUGUCAAUAAUUUACUUAAAAGUUUUACCACAUCAAAAAAGGUAAAUAUAAAUAUAAAAUUGUUUCUGCUCUUACUGAGAUUACUGACAUUUACUCUUCUUCCAAAAAAAAAAUAUAAUUUGUAUAACAAAAUAUGAACUUCCACUAGAUUAAGUAAUCAUCAAAAUGUCUAUAUGUUUUAAUUUAAGUCAUUUUUUGACCAAAGGCCAUAUAGUUGCCGUAAUUUUAUUUAAUAAAAAAAAAAAAUAAUAAUAUUAUAUUCGUACUUUUUUACAUAAUAAUAUGCCCAUUGCCCACUAUAUUGUACUUUAUAGUUACUAAUGUAUCAGUAAUUUGUUGUCCAUAUUUUGUGAAAUUUGAAUCAUAUAUUAAAAUAUGAUUUUUAUAUAAGUUAUCAAAUACAGAAAUAUAAAUAUUAUUUUGCGUCACUGAUAUUUGGCAUCAUUAAUUGUACAAAAUUAUUUCAUUCCCAUUGGUUUCAUUUGGGGGAUCUGCAAAGGUGUUCAAAGACAAAAUGAAACAUUUUCCAACUAUAAUAUGGUAAAACUAACAUUAAAACUCAAUCCGAUUAUUAACACUUCAAUUUGCUUGUAAAAAUAAACGCCGCUAAAACUCUAAUAGUGUCCAAAAGUAUCGGAAAAAGAUAAAUGUACGAAUCAGUCAGAUGCAAUAAUAGUCUCAGUUUUCAAACAAAUUUAGCGAAAACAUGGAUCAUAGAAUAUGUCGGCCCACCACUGAAAACUGUAGUCAUCCGAAUAUGGCCUCACGUGUUUAGAGCUAUAGUUUUAAUUAAUCAUAUACAAGAAUGUAAACAACUUUAAUAAUUAUCAAAAAAUCAACUGUAAUAUUUUAUAUAGGUACGACGAGACCCAUCACAAGGACAACCUCUGCUCUUACAACCAAAACAAGUGGUACGUGUUGUUUUCGGCGAUGCUAUCGUUUUUUCUUCCAUUCGGAGUCGUCGUAUUUGUUUAUUUCAAAAUAUCGCGUGUGAUCAAUGAACGACACAACAGGCUGGAAGCGCUGAAUGGGCCGAAAUUAAAGGUAAAUAUUAAAAUAUUCCUGGGUACUGUAACAAAAUAAAUAUUUAUAAUCACACAUAUUUUGUUGAUAUGGACACCCACUCAAAUAUGUCUUCACCUCGCCUAUUAUCGCGUAGUUCUCGAACACUUCUAAUGGCCAACAUUAGAUGGUAAUAGUGCAGAAUUACAACAUAGGACGGUCGGUGUGCAAGCAAUGCGCUUACUGAAUGAAAACGUGAUACUGCAAUAGCUUGUGUUGGUUUAUGCUUGUGAUUUCUAUCAAUUUUUCGCCCGAAAUCCUAUUUAUAAAACGAAAACCGACGUAAUAAACGAGCUGUCAGUCUUUUAUAAUACAGCGAUCCACGACGUUGCGGUAAUUGAUCCGCAGACGACGACGCGGUGUUAUAAUUAUAAAACUAUAAAAUAAACCGUGUUUGCGUUAUAGAGUAUGGUUUUUUUUUUUUUUAUAUGUAUAAUAAUUAAACUUAAGCUGUCGUUGGUAAAAAGGUCGGUUACCCCGUCAAUAUCAAACCAAAUAUUGAAAAUAGAAAGGGCUUUUUAUAUAUAUAUAUAUAUAAUGACGACGAAAGUAAAUUAAAGUAUUAUAAUCCCAAAUUUAUAAUUACACGUGAAACGCAGGUUCUGGUAUUAUUUUAAUUUUAAUAAGGGGUGUUUUUUUUGCUUUGGUAAACAACUAGGUACAUAACAAGAAAAGUUUAUGUGACCCGGUGGCGUAUUAACGUUCUUUACGUGAAUCGAACCACAGAUGUAAAUGAAAUCCUCUCAUUAGCCAGAUAUGGUGUUAUUCAUGUAAUUUUAGGUUAGGUUCGGUCACCUUUUAAUACAAAUUAACAUACGUUUUAUCGGGUUUGAGUACAAUUAUUUGCAACCUUUCCCCAUGCUUUAUCUAAACUGUCCUGGUUUUUCAUCGACUAGGUUAAGGGUGUACACUUAUUAAAGAUAAAUCACUUAAUUUCGAUAUUUACGGUUGAUAUUACUACAAUCGUUACGCGUUUUAAAUCGAAUUCAGAACUAAUAUUUUUUAAUUUAACAAAAAAAAUGUCUUCAAAGAUAUUUUUUAUACUCGACUUUUCUUGCGACGCUAUGGUAAAAUAUAAUAAUAAAUUAUAAGUUGCAUAGCACGGAGGUCUAAAAUCUGGGCGCGUUUCUUCAAGUAUUUCUGCACAGCUGGGAGCAAUUUAAAGAAAUCGUGUUUUAAUCGUUCGCAUUAAACUCAUCAACUUGCCGAAAGUUACUAAACUUGAGUGAUUUCUCUGAGAUGCUUUAAAUAAUAUGAUGCACUAAUAAAUGCUUAUUAGUUUGAGUAUAUCAUUUUCUUUUUCCCGAUUCACUGAUGAUUUAUAAAUGUAUUUAAUGACAUAGUAAAUAAUUUUUGUAUGUUUAAAAUUUCUAUAUCAAUAUUUAUCAAUCAAAAUAUUUUCUUCUCUUCGUCUGGCUUUUAAAACUAUAUGAAUAUUCACCUCAAAAACAGUAUCAUGCCAUCUAUUCCUCCCUUGGACCACGUUUCUCUAGUAUUCCAUUCUAAAAUUUCUUAAACUCUCUUCGUUAAUGUCGAUCUACCUUUUCUUGUGUUUCUUUCUCUGAAGCUUCCAUUCUAGCAAUGCUCUAACAUUAUCAUCCUCUCUUUUCCACAUUAUAUGACCUGUAUCGUUAUAAACAGUCUUAUUAGCUCUCAUAAAACUGGUCACUGGGAGACCAAGUCUACAGUGAUGUAAAGCUCACCCUAAACUGUAACGCAAUUAAAAGGGGUUAUACGGGCUGAGCUCCCUCUGUAUCUUCUUGAGUCCCCUCAUUUUUUUUUUAAUAUGUUUUUAAUAUUAUAAGAAUUCGAUCCAAGGGUUAUAAGCUUAAUUACGCAACAAAUUCAUAUUUAUCGCCUAUUAUUUAUUAUUUUGCUAUCAAACAGGACCACACAUUCUUUUCUAUGUGUUGUUUUCGAGCUUCUUCGGAUUCCUUUUUGCGUGACAAGUUAUUUCGACAUGGUAGGUCAUGAUGAAUCUGACAAGACCCACGCUUUUAAAUCGGAAUAUUUUAACAUGGUUGUUAAGUAAGCCUGAUCGACACGAUAACAGUUAUUAUUAUGAGACUACGAGAAUGAUAGUAAUUAUCAUCAUAUGAACACAUACUGCAAUUUAAUUUUACUGUUGUGUCGCACUUUCACAGAAGUUUCUAUCGAUAUUUACGCUACUGUUAUGUCUACUGUUAUGUCUAAUAUUAUACUAUAAUUCUGCUCUAUAAUCGUAUGGACGCUGAUUCUAUGAUAAGAUUUUAUCAGGGUAGUUACAAAACCAACUAUCAUGAUAACAAUUAUCAUCGUGUCGUGGACCAGGCUUCAAAUGUAUUAAUAUUUAUUUCGAACUAGAAUGUUGGUGAUUUGAAUUUCGAUGACGACGCGUGGAUCGUAUGAUAAUUUUCAUAAGUACGUGAUAGUUAACCGGAUUUCAUCAACGACCUGAAUGUAUAGUAUUUAUUUAUUUAUCAAUUUAUUAUUUUUAUCUUCUUUAAAUAUCAACGACAAGAACGUAAUAGACUGGUCGAAUUGUUGAUAAAUGUUUCUAUUGUUUUAGAAGAUAAUGUUUAAUAUUUUCGAUAUUUUUCGCAGCUUAAUUAAAAUUCAAAAUUUUUGUAAUUCAUUUUCCUAAUUAUAAACGUGAUAUUUCCAACAAAAUAUUUAAACGACCACCAGUAUUAUUAUUAUUAUUGUUCUGACAUAAUCGAUAAAAUGUAUAAUAAUAUAUUAGAAAUUCGACAUAAGCCUGAUAGAUUUCUCUGGUAUUACUCGUUUAAUUCAUCCUCCGUACAUCCUCAAUCGUACAUUUCUUUUCUCCUUUAUCAAAAAUACGUUCCUUAAAAUAUUUUUUUAACGAGAUUUUGGAUGAACGAAGUAAGUUUUGAAGUUUUGCAUAGUUCAAUAUUAAAAACAUAGUGAUGAAUAUAUACGAAUAUAAUAAGAUAGGUACUGAAGACGGUAAAAACUAUGUUGAUUUUUUUUAACCUUUUUUUUCCUUUUUUUUUUAAACAGGAAUAAUAAAAGUUCGAUUUAUCUACAUAUAAAUCCUACGUAAAUCUGUCUCGAAACUGAUUUUUAUUAAUGGAAUGCGUGCAACUUGACGAUCAUUGUUUGUGUAGCUAGUGUUUUAUUUGAAAAUGCUAUCCGUUUUAAAGCUUUUCGGGUUACAAACUGAAUUAUAACAAAAAGAAAACCUAAUCGAUUUUUAUAAAACAUUAUUUGUUCCGAGAUGUCCCCCGUUAUCAAGAUAGUUACAAGAAAUUGAAAAAAAUAAUCACUCCAUUUGCAAACGCGAAAUCCGAAAUACUAUAAAAAGCUUUUAUGAAGUUUUCGAUCAUAGUAAGUAUUUUGAUCGAAAACUUGUUUUACGGAUUUAUUAUUUUUUUCGAAACACACGUCAUUAUUGUGAAUCCGCUUUCUAAUGAUCGUUAUAAAAUCGUUAUCAUAACACGUUAAUAUAUACGGAAAUCCUGUCAAAAUAUGACAAUACAACGUAGUGAUGGAUAUGAUUUAAUAACGAGAUUGGAUAUUAAAGUUUUCAUUUGAAGCCGAACCGUUAAGUAUCACCAGCUCGUUUCAAAUAUUUACGAUAUAAGAAAAAUCCGUUUGAAGGUCUCUCAUAAAUAAAUAGAGGACUAUUGGCUAUAAGUGUUCGAGGGUUUUUUGUGACUUUCUAACAGCUCCAGCAUCCCGUCCUGUAAAUCGCACGCAGCUAUAGAAAAAGACCACAGAAAAAAUCAAUUUCAAGUUUUAAUACAAAGAUAUAAUAAUAAUAAUAUCAUAAAGGGAAUACCCUACGUUACGUAAUAACGUUCAUUUGAAAUUAAAAACUCGACUUCUUACAAGCUAAGGUUUAGCACGAUCCGUUUUUUCAAAGGCGGCACAGGAUGUGAGAAAAAAAUGUAGAACAAGACCGGACCGAACUGAUGAAUUAAUAAACAAUGGAACCGGACCAGACCAAAAUAUUUUCUUCUUUCUCUACUAAAAAAAAGCGUGAUCAGACCGUGUUUAAAAACAAAAAUGUAAAACUUGACAAAACUGACACUCAUUUUUUUAAACUUUUUAAACUAAAAAGGACAGAAUCAAAAAAUAACUUUGUUUGGAUAUUACAUUUAUCUAAACAAAUAUUGCUGUAUACAUACAUUUCGUAUUACGUUUCCGUUUCAUGCUUUGGACAAAAAAUUUUGUAAAAACUAAAUUGACAUUUUCACAAAUAAAAUCCGUUAAGGCGAUCAAACUGAAUAAAUUUAAAAACUUAUUUUCAAAUUGUAUACGAUUGGAGAAAAUUUCGAAAACCGUAAACCAAUCCCCUUUGAAAUUCUAUUACCUAGUUUAACAUCAGGAAAACCGACGGAGUUAAAAAUGAAUUCCGGAUUAUUAUUUUUGGACGAACUACUAAAAUUGUUUUCCAAUUCUCAUUUUUAAUCAAAAUAUAUCGAACUAUACUUAGAUAUUCAAUAUUUCUAUACGUAUACGAUUUUCCGUGUCGUGGUAUAGUAGGAAAAGUCUUGUAGGUAUUAUUACUCACGAAAAAUCGACCUUCCAGACUGCUUGGAUACAUAAACACACUGAAACAUACACACGCAUGCGUAUGUGCUAUUUAUUUCAAUAAACAUGUCGAAAAUUGUUCGAUUCUAUCGUUGCAGCUCAUAAAUAACACCGCGGAUCGAAUCGAAUUACCGCGACGGAAACCGAUAAAAUCUGAAACGGCUCGAGAAUGUCCACUCGAUUGUAAAUUACCACCGUUAGAAUGAUCGAUAGACGGUCGUCGAAUCUAUACAAUAACGGAUACGACAAUUAUUUUGAGUUAAAAACACACAUUCGCAACACGGGUUAAACGCUUUAAAGUUUUAAGUCAAGAGAAUUUAUUACGCGCCCAGUAGAGAAAACUUUGUGUAUAUCUUAUCUCGCUGGAAAUAAUGAUAGUACCUAUAUUAUGUUGUAUCAACGUUUUUUUUUUUUUUAAAUCCAACGUUCGGGAACAAUAAUAAUUUUCAAAAGAUCAUCGAAAUAAAUUAUUUAGGGCCGUGGCGCACAACGAGUUAAUCAAUUAAAAUCUACCCUUGUCGGAAACGUUUUUAAUUAAUUUUUCGUUUUUUAAUUCGGUAAGAUAUAAUCGUACAGACUUAAAAAAAAAAACUUUCGUCAAAUAUGCUUUAUUAGCUCAAGUUUUCACAAAUAUUCCGGACAUUGUUGAGCUAUUUAUAGCCAUUUGAAAUUAUGUUUAUUUAUUUGUUUUAGUUUUUAUUCAGUAUUAUGCGGAUUAUAUUUUGUUCGUUUUUCAAAAAUGUUUACACGUUUUAUACAUUGUUUAUCAUAAGCUGUUCUAAAGCCGUAAACAAAUAUCGUAAAUCCAUAUUUACGGUUUUUUUUUUUUAGUUUAAAAUCAACAGUAUUUCAAAAGACAUUCAAAUAAACUUUGCUCGGAAUUUUUUUUUCACGAAGUUGUCUUCUUCUUCUUCUUCUUGGUCUUCAUUUAUUUCAGGUCGGUCAUCCCUGUCCUAAACUUCCACUUGAUGUGAUCUUCUGUAUCGUCCUCUCAUAUCCCUGCCAUCCUCAUAUUAUUCUCAGUCGCAUCCAAUCACAUCUAUUUUUGGUGUUCCUCUCCCCCUCUUUCUUCAUACAUCUAUUUUCAUUGCAAUUUUUACUGAUAUUUUUCCGUAAAGCUACAACAUUAUUUUGAAGUUGGGUUAUAUUUUUUUAUUUAAUUGUACUUAAAAAAAAAUAAUUAUUAGAAAGUAAUUUAAUUAUCAAUAUCUAAUUAUAGUUACCUACUUGAUUUCUUUUAAUAAAUAAUUUCAAUUGACCUUAAGAUAUUUUAUAAUUUAUAUCAAUAUUAUAGAACACUGCGACUACUAAAGGGGGAAAAAACAGAAUAAGUCCCUCUUCUUUUUUAAGAUAAAGUUUCCUUUUGUUUGAAUCUUCGAUGUCCUGAGGGACGGUUUAAGUUAUGACAUUAACUUAAGGGGUAUUAUUAUAAUGUAAUUUUAAAAACUAAAAUUCGUUUUAGGUUACAUCUUAUAUCCCCAUUAUAUCCAAGCGUUUGAACUGUGUAAGUAUACUAUAGUAACAUUAUAAUUAUUGCUUUGGUUGACAACUGUCAAGGAUAGAUAUAUACCAGAUGAUCCAUUUAACAAGGGUACAAUUAUCAUCGGAAAUUAUUAACUUUUUCCGGAAUUUUUUUCGUAAGACAUUUAAGAAACAAGCUACUCCACAAUUUUACAUUUUUGUUAUUUUUUGUUACCGUUAUUUUUGGGGGUGAACCUACUACCUACUUUUUUAUUUUCAAAUAGCAACCUAUAUUCAAAUAUCCAUAAAUAUAUAGAGUAUCAGUUAAGAUAAAUAUGAGUGUUAAAAAGUUUGAUUUCUCUCAAACCGUUGACGAGAUAUUCCAUUUUUAAAUUGGAGGAGAGUAGUAGAGUAUUAUCUUUGUAGCGGUACGGCGCGUAGCGUGUUAAUAAUGCACCACUAUUUCUUAAAUUCUAUUGUUUGGAAUACUUCUAGAAACUGGAAACUAUGCACGUUUGUAGAAUGGGCUCCUAAAUUGUUAUUAAAAAUAAAUUCUUUAACAACUUUUGGAUUCUACGAAAACAGACUCUAACUUUAUUUGCGUCAAGCAAUGAGCGCACCUAUAUUUGUAGAAUAAUAUUUUUAUGAAAAGGGACAUGCAGUUUAUAAAGAAAUGUAUGCAAGAAAAAAAUGUUUUAGAAGUUUUGUCUCUACGAUUCAGUGGUGGGGCGAUAGUUUUAUUUAAGGGCCGUGGUUCAAGGUAUUUUCAGGUGGUGGUGAUUAUUGGGUAAGAGGUUACCAACUUCCAGGUGAAUGAAAAUAUUAAUUAUGAUACUUUAAUUAUUUUUUCAAACACAGUAGUGCUAAUUUAUUACUAUAGUAGAACGUACAAUAAUUAAAAAAAUUCUUUAUUAAUUUACAAUUAUAAAUCCCUACCUAGAUACCUAUAAACCUUUAGUAGAGUAGGCAUUACUGUGAGCUGCAUAAACAAAAAAAAAAAAUAAAAAUAUGAUUCAUAUAAAAUAAAGUCGGUGGGUAUCGUGAUGAAAUAAAAUUAGCCUAAUCAGUUACAACGAUUUACCACGCCACUAUUAGUAUAUAGUGAGGGUUUCUCGAAAGUUUAGCUGAGUUAGGUCAGUUCUCGGGAACGCCGGUCAAUUUUCGGUAAACACAAUAUCCAUUACACUCUCGGAGUUUUUGCCACCUCGACUGCUGGCACGACUACCGGAAUAAAACGUUCGGUUAGGUUAAGUUUCAGUUUAUUUAUAGACGACGGUGCCAUGCCCUUCCGCCAGACAAUUAUUCGCUUGAAACCGCUACGUGUGACACAUGUGUCACGAUACCUAUAUUAUAGGUAAAUAUAUACGAAAUAUAUACAUCUAAGGUGUUUGUAAAAUCGCAUCAUGUUCGUUUGUAUAAAGAUAAACUCGAGCACUGCGCGAUAAUUGUUAUUUAUACGCGUUUAGAUUAAUGUUCGCCGUGGCCACCACCGACGACGACGACGACGACGACGAGAUUAAAUAUUUAAAAUCCAUUUGCAAAAUGAACGGUGAAAAUCGUGGCGUAGAUUUCAGACGCGCUUGCGGUGAACCCGCAGUUGAUACCGUGGGGGUAAUUGACGAUUUAUACGAAUCUCGUAGGUAUACGCGGUUACCACAACAAACAUUUUCCCCUUCCGUUAUUAUUAUAUUGUUGUGCGGAGUCUGGGUGACUUUAAAUCUUUUGGCCUAGUAUCUGGCCGAUGUCCAUCACUAAUCAAAUAUUAUGUUAGUACUGUUAUAAAAUAUCGACCUUUUAGAGCGUUUUCCAGCCAGUCACACUCUACCGCGCACUAAGAGCGCAUUGAGUGUCAUUGGAGUGUUCCAUCUACCAAUAGGUACCCAUGUGUUUGCACUACCCCGGUAUAAUGUGUUCAACCUUGAGAAACCGUAAGAAAAAAAAGACCUAAUAUGGUAGUUUUUGUGACAUUAAUUCACAAUGACGCCACAUAAACAAAACUGUAAACCACCGAGAACAAAAUUAUGGCAGUUUUAAAUCUUCAAAACGUGAGCCAAAUAUAAUUUGUCAUAACGUAAUUUGUUUGAAAUUUAACAGUUGUAUGAUAUAAAAAUAAAAAAAUACAAUAUUUCCUGACACAAAUCUGUGAGCUGAAUUUAACUGAAAUCGAACAUUUGCACCAUUUUAUAGAAUUUUAAAGUAACAUUUUUGAUCCAAUUGUCUAUCAAACGUGAAUAUACCAAAUAACAAUAGCUAUUUUGUUCUAAUGGUCUGUUUUAUUAACCGAUUUCGGAAUUCGUUUCUUACAUCGCGUUGAAUAUAUUCGCGAGAACCAGGCCAACACACAUUCGUGACUCAACAAAACGUUAUAGUACUGUAACUAUUCGCGAUGUCCGAAACACGACACUGGUGGAGAAAAACAUAUCUUCGUAUAUUUUUUCAACGCAAUUGCCACUCGUUUUGUUGUUUAAUAUUAUAUCCCUCUUCCAAAACAUUGUUUGUUUACAUUACGAAAAUAAACACUUCAAACUAUCUAAAAAUUCAGCCGCGGAUAGAACUUAUAAUACAUCAGUGAAGAAUUAAUUCCUAUUUGAGCCACCUAUAAUUAUCGACAAAAGACCUCCACGCGCAUUAUUAUCGCUAUUAUAAAUUAUUGAAUAAGCCGAGUUAAUUUGACUCCGCCUUUUAACGGCCGAACGGCUUUUGCGAAAACGUUCGUAAGCUUUGGCCGACUCGUCCUACCCCCGAGUUCAUCACACCCACGAGCCGCCUUGCAGUUGACCUCACAGCGAUUAGAAGCUCAACCUUCGCGCCGUCAUUGACUUAAUUUCCAUGCCGUCCUAAACGCGGAUUAAAAACACCUGCGAUAUCGAAACAAAAACCUCGUUUCGCGUUUUCCCCGUGGAAUAAUUUUCGUCCCUACAAAAACUUCGCGCCUUUCGAUUUUUGAAUUGUUCUUAUUCUCGCUAUACUAUAAAAACAAAUACCUUUAGUACGUUAACAUAGGUAUGAUAUUAUAUUAUAUUAAAACGAGAAUAAUUUAUUAUUUAUCUUGACGGAAUAAAUUAUUAUAUUCUCCUUCGUAUAUUAUACGAAUUAUUGCAUUACGUUGUAUUAUCGAAAUAUUUUAUAAAACGAAAAUAGUAUAGUUGAUUUUCAAUUACCACGUAAAAAUGCCAUAAUAGAUACGCAUAAUACCUCAGUAUUCGUUAUUAUAAUACCAAUUUUAACGAUAAUAUCACCCUAGUGAAACUUUUAACAAAAACAAUAUGUCUGUACCGUUUUAAUGAAUACCCAUUCAAUAUACAUACUUAUGAAGUCGUGAUAAAACCUGUAAAAUGUUCAGACUCGACUUUGAUGCUGCGCUUUUCAUUUUGUUAUAAUCAUUACACCCGCCGGAGAAAAGUUAAUGCGGACGAUUUCAUUAUUAUUUGCACACCGCCUGAAUAUUUGUGCGUACGCCGCACGUUGAGACAAUUUAACGUAAGGAAAUAAAUUAUUUAAUUUCAGACGAGGUAACGUGAUAAAUGAUCACACGAGUUCCAUGUCACCAUCACGUUUAUUAUAUUGUAUACAGGAAUCAUUUUGCCGAACGUCUAAUAAUCACGACGCAUCAACAGUACGAAGAUUUAAGAAUAUGAAACGAAUAUUUAACUCGCUUAACUAUUUCAAACCAAUUUUUUUUGUCUCGGGAAACGCUUUACGGUUAGGAUUUUAUUAUGUCGUACAAGUACUUUUAAAGAUGCGGGUUUUUCACUUAAUGGAUGGCGUUUCAUUGAUUUUCUAUUUGUACUUCUAUAUAUAUAUACAUAUGUAUUUUUUUUAAAUAAUUUUAUGGGUGAGACGCGGAAUUUCUGUCUGUUGCAAAAUGAUUUAAAAACAAAAACCGGUGGCCGAAAUGUAUGGAUAUUUUCAGCAAUUCAUUCAAUAGAUUCUUUAUUUGUUUGUUGUUUGAUUUUUGUUGAUUGAUUUCGGGAUUAGCAAGGUGCCACCCAGUGGUAUUACCAAGGUUACCCGCUGGUAUCACCGAGGAAAAAAAACGUCCGAGGAUAAUGGGGACGGAUGCAGCUACUGUUGUAGAAUAAUUUAAUGUAUACCUGUAAGUAACAAUAAACCAUUGUUUACGAAAAAACAAUUCUAAGCGGAGUUCAGUUGAUAGUGAUAUUUGUCAACAAUAUAUAUAUAUAUCAUUUUUUAAUAAAAUAAUUAAAUAGGCUUUAUACAUUUUCUUUUAUAAUAUUUGUUUCAUGUUAUACUGGUCCCAGUAUUCCUAAGUUAUUCCCAGUUUUCCGAUGUUUUAUCCCGGUGUUUCACAUUUGUUGGAAAAAAUCUUGGAAAAUCGAAAAAUGACCUCUCUGAAGUACCUCGUAACGAAAUCAAGAAUAUUCAUUUUUUAAUGAACUAACAAAUAUGCAAAUAUAUUACAACAAUAAUAUUUAAAAAGAAAAAAACAAAAUAUUUCAGAUAUUAUACAACGGGGAAAAUAUUAUGAGUAAUCAUAAACUUUAAGAUUGUUUAAUUAAUCAAGUUAUUAUAAUCGUAUUCUCGAUAUUUUGUUUUAAAACUUUUCUAAAAAAUGUUUAGGUUUUAUAAACUUCUCUGUGCCUAAAUUUGCCUUUUCCUCUAUACAGCGUAUAAAAUGCAAAAAUAAAAAAAUUAAAAUACUUCUCAAAAAAAUUAAAAUAUUAUUAAUGAUAAUAUAAUAUGAUUUAACAAUAUAUUUUCAACUAAUUAUAUGUUGAUUUUGUACUUUGAUAGAAAUUAUAAUGAAAUUUUGCGAUUUCGAUGAAUAUAAUCAGUAUAUUAUUAUUAACUCAUUGUGAAUAUUUUAUACUGCAAGUGUAAGAAAGUGCAAGCGUUAGAAAAUGCUAUCAAGUUGGUAUGAAGUCGUCUUUUUUAUUUUUCUCUUAGUUCUCUUAAUAGUUUAGAAACAUUUGGUAAUGUGGAUGAUAAAGUUUCCAGUUAUUUGGAUUUGUAUCGGUUGUAAAUAAAUGAAUAAUAACUAUAGAGACCUGAUAUUUUUGCAGAAUAAUUAUUUAUCUUGGCUUUUUUUAAAAGAGGUAAAAUUUUUAAAGUAGAUUUUUCAAACUAUUCAUAGUUAAUUUAAAUGUCUAGAGUUUGGACCAGGUAAAAUGUUUAAAAAUUUAACAUAUGUUUUAUCAUAAUUUUAACUAGGAAAUUAUAAGUGAUGAAGUGGCUAUUUUAUAGGUGUUUCAAAUUUUGAUAAAAAUCGUAAAAAUCACGGAAGAUCGAAACAUGUUUAACCGAAUUUCGCUUAUAAUCGUUUUUUGCUUACAUUGAUUUAUCGUCGUGUACAGAUAUAAAUUCUGUUGCUCUAUAAUAUUAUCUAAUAUAAUACUUAUAAUAAAAUGUAUUCAUAAAAAUUCUUACCUUUCCAACUUCACCCCUAAAACAAUGUCACGGCAACUAACAGUAUCAGCUUUUAUCGAUUCGGAGCAUAGCGAGAAUCAGGGGUAGUCCUAGGAAUCAUAUUUCAUAUUGACAUGAAUAAUAUAUAGGUAUACUUAAAACUAGGGUUUAGGACAUCUGGCAUUGGUAUAAUAUUUAACACAAAUACUAUUCAUCAUUUAAGGAAUCUAAAUCCUACAUUUUGUUUUUCAUGUAUGUGCAUAUUUAACAGUUUUUAAUUUGUAGAACAUAUUGUAGUAGUAUAUAGCAUUCAAAUGUUAUAAAAAGACAUAAUAUAAUAUAAUAUUCAUAUAUUAUCUUACUGUAUGUCACGUAUUAUACACGAGUUUUUCGAUUUAUAUUGUUCAAAUUCAUACUCACUGAUGUGCGUUAGCACAGUCGAAUAGACUAUGAUAAAAUAAUUCAUUUAAAUAAAAACAAGUAAUAAGUUAAGUUUGAAUAACUUUCAAAUUAUUCAUCUCAAAACACAAAGUUUUUAUGAAAAUACCAUUAAUAUAAAAAAAAACAUAAAUAAAUAAAUUAGUUAUAUUUCAAGUUUUUAGUAUACAAUUUCAAUAAGAAAAAUUUGUUUAAAGCAUAUUUGAUUGUUUUUAAAAGCAAGAAUGUUUUUUAAAACUAGAGUCUCUGAGUCUACAGUUAAUAAAUGUUUUUUUUUUUUUUUUUUAAGUACGCAUAGGAAAACUAAAAUUGUUGUUAAAAUUUAACUAUGUAACUGAUCAGUAAUGCUCGAUCGUUCAACUAGUGUAGACGUAAGAAACACUUAUCUGUUUUAUUAGCAUUUUUUUUUCGUAUUUAUUUUGGAUAAUUACACGCUUGUCUCGAUCACAUAUUUAUUAAAUAUAAUGAGUAUUCAACAAGCUUAAUAAAUGCAUGUGUUUUGCAGACAGAUAUAACAAAUCAUUUCCCCAUUUGUGUUUCCAUUCCGGUUAACUCUAAUUAUAAAUCUAAAGAAUAUAAUAUUAUUAAUUUAAUUAAUAAAGAAAAAAUUUGAAUGAUGUUAAAUCAAGAAAAAUAGACUAACGUGUAUAAUAAUAUUGAUGCGAAUGAGUCUUAUUCUGAAUUUAAAAAAAAUAAUUUCUUAUGUACUUGAUAGAUCAACGUUUUCUAAGGUUGCAAAUUCUAAAAAUAAGCGUUUGUUUGACAAAGGGUUUAUUGUUGUCUACUCGGUAAAAGCAAGCUCUUUCUUUAAAAUGUAAAAAAAAAAAAACCAAACAACCAAAAUUUAGCAGUUUAUUAUAAAAAAAUAUAAAAAUAAUUGCACUGAAAUAUUAAGACUAUCAAAAAUAAAAAAAGAUUUUACGAAAACAAAUUUAAAGAAGUUUCUCAUAAUCAAAAAUUAACUUGACAACUUAUAAACAAUGUAACAUGUACUAAACCGGAUUAUAACAAUAAAACAAUUUAAACAAAUAAAAUUAGUAAUAUAAUAAAUAACGACAAAUUAAUUGAUUCAAAUUUGGAUCCGAAAGAAGUGUCUAAUAUUUAUAAAGAAUGUUUUAUAGAUGUUGGAAAAAAUUUAUCAAGGAAUUUUUGUAAACUAGCGAAAAAUAAUCCCAUAAAUGUUAAUAAUAAUGUUUCAUUUGAUAGUUUUCUAAUAAAAUUGAAAACUCGGAAUUAGUCAAAAUUGUAAGAAAUGUUAAAGAUAACACAGCAUCAAGUCUUGAUAAAGUAUCGAUUAAAUUAAUUAAAUUUAUCAUUGAACUUAUAGUUACACCAUUUGUUUAUAUUUUUAACUUAAGUAUACAGCAAGGUUUUUUUCCAGACAAUUUAAAAGUAGCAGUUAUCAAACCUUUCCUAAAGGGUGUAGAUGCUAAAAUUAUUAAUAAUCACAGACCGAUAUUUUUGCUUAAUAAUUUUACCAAAAUAUUAAAGAAAGUUAUUAAAUCGUGUUCAAUUACAUUUCUAUGUAAAAACAAACUCUUAUCCGCAAAUCAGUUUGGUUUCAGACCUGGUAUAAGCACGGAGAACGCUCUGUUCAAAACGACGCAAUUUAUAUAUAUUAAUAACGGUAACGAAGUGAUAGCUGUUUUUCUGGACUUAGCUAAAGCUUUUGAUACAGUUAAUAACACGAUUUUAUUACAAAUUUUAUUAAAAUUUAAUAUUAAUAAUUUGAGUCUAAAUUAAUUUCGUAGUUACUUACUAAAUAGGAAACGAAGAGUUAGGAUUAAUGACAUUUUUAGUCAAUAAAGUACUAUCCAGUUCGGUAUACCUCAAAGUAGCGUGCUAGGCCAAAUUUUAUUUUUAUUGUACAUAAAUCAGGUUUGUGAUUUUAAUUUUGAUGGAUCGACUGUCACAUAUGCUGAUGACACAUAUUUAUUAUUUACUGACAUUUCUUCAGAAAGAGUUCAUAAUAAAACCACAGUAGGUUUAGACAAAGUUUAUAAAUGUUUAAUUGGUAGAAAUUUAACUCUAAAUGAUGAAAAAAACAAAUUAUAUAACUUUUUCUAUAAAUAAAGUAUUUACACAUUUUAACAAUAUAAUUUUACAUAACUGUAGCGAUGGCAUAGUUUGUAAUCAGCUCAGUUAUAAAUCUAUCGAGGCAGUGACAAAAAUUAAUUAUCUGGGUAUUAUCUUUAAUAACCAUUUAACUUUAACUUACAUACUCAUGAUUUAGUAGGUAAAUUACAAUCUUUAACUUAUAAAUUUAUAUUACUAAAAAGUUUGAUUCCUAAACAAACAAUACGUAUAAUUUAUUUUGCUCUAAAUCAGUCAAUUCUUCAAUAUCGAUUAUUAGUAUGGGUUCGUUUGGGUGUUAGUGUAGUAAAUAAGCUUCAAUCUAUUUAAAAUAAUAUUGUUAGAGAUUGCCUAAAUAAAUGUACUCGAGUAAGUUCAACUAUGUGAAGGAAUAUAAUCUGAGUGUAUUUCCAAUUAAAUCCCUUUAUAAAAAUGUUGAUAUUAUGUCUGUAUUUAAUCAUUUUAUUAAAGGCAAUAACAGUAAUUCAUUUGAUAAAAAAAAAGAAAUCACAGCCUAUAACAUUCUUGAUAAGUAUGCGAAAAAUGUUUCGGUCGAUUUUUUGUGGAUUAUCUAGGCCCUACGUAUUUGAAUUCAACGCACAUUCAAUAAAAAAAAACAUCCACGUUACCCAAAGUAAUGCUAAAAAGAUAUUAUAUAAAUGAUUAUUUUUAGACCUGAGCUAAAUCUAUUUGUUUCUUUAUUGGUAAUUACAUGUUUUAAUUGAUUAAUAUUUUUUUUUCUAUUCAUCUUAGUUUUAGUCAAUAAUAUUUAUUCUUAUAUUUUAUUUUGAAUGUACCUAUCUGUAGUGUUUUUCUUAUUCGUUUGUUUUAAAUUAAUCAAUAUUGUAUUACUCUCUAUCUCUAUCACAAACUUGCUUAAAAAAGAUAGAUUAAUUAUUAAUAAUAAUUAGUAAUUGUAUAAAUAAUUUACUAUGUAAAUGUCUAAUGAUGAUUAAUAAAAAAAAAAAUUGUACGGGGCAUAUAACACACAUGACAUAUACUUAAUAGUUAUCUAUGGGUAACGCAAUACAUCUUGUAGAAAUCUGAUGCAUAACUGCAUAUCCGAUCCUGUAUUACUAAAUCGUAUUGUCAUUCAAAAUAUACCAAUAUACUGUAUUAUACAAAAAGGUUUACCCUGUUGAUUAUAUAUAAAAUAUAGUAAAAAUUAUAAUUUUCGCCAUCAAUAUGGUCCAAGAGGGGUGUUUGAACACUAAAAUACACACAUAUCGCUACGCCACUGAUCGUGGUGACAUCGUCGGGUUAACCCAUUUGCGUGAAAAUACCACCCCAUUGACAGUGCACAAUACAGUAUAAGUAGGUACCCGAUGUUUAAACGUUGUAAUAAACCCUACAGUGUUAUAUACGCUUGCAGCAUCACAAAAGUCAUACCCAACCGUUCUGCGGUGUUACACUGCACUGUACUGCGCUGCCCCGUCUUUUAUAAAAUAUAUUAUUAUCUAUUAUAAAAUAAUUUCGACACGUAAAUGACCGGAAAACUUUCAACGAACGAGUAUUAUUAUUGUUCACUGCCUACCGGUCCCGAUUGUUACAAAACCGCAUAUACUUAGAUCGUCUCGGUCGUUAAUGGGGCUCGAAAAAGUGCGCAAACUCCGUUAUCAAUACCGACCUUUGGACGACCGCGGCAGUAACCACGACUUUCCGUUUUAUAACCGACAGCUGCGGCUCGCGACGGGUAAUAACCAUUUAUUUUCCGCCGUAUCUCUCGUCCAUAAAACAAUAAGUACUAGGUUAUGUAUUAUAGUUAUGGAAAUAUUUUCAAAACCACACUGUUUACACUCCGAUAUGAUGGCCGCCAGAAUUGUACUACGAUAAGAUUCGCUCAUAAAACUUCAAAUAAUUUAUUACCUGUGUUGAAUAUUAAAACCGACGUUAAAACGGCUAGAGAUCAAAUUAUUUUUGGUAUCAAAAUUUUAUAUAAACCAUGUAUUUCACAAACGGUUUUAAACAUGCUAUUUGAUACGAAACAGCCGCCAAUGUUUAAAAUCGCACCAUCGACAGUGUUGUGUUUUAUCUAUAUAGAUAUAUUUUUAUCUUUCACGUUAUUCAGAUAAAUGUGAAACACAGAAUAAUAAUAAUAAUAGCAGAUAUUUUAUCCAGGACACGAGAUUUGUAUUUAUAGUAAUGAAAUGUUACAGCGCCGUCAUUACGGAGAGUCUUGGUGCAAUUAACUUUUGGUGGCACGUCCCAACAAUGUCCCCUAAACUAGUACUGACCGAAAGACAAAUAAUCCGCACUCCGUGCCUGUAAUAUAACAUUUCGUGAACAAAUCUCCGCAAAUCCUCCAAUCUUGUCGUGUCCAGUCCUAUAUAUCUUAGUCCGCGAUCGAAAAUAAGUUAUCCGAGCGGUUAUAUAAUACGUAUAUAAUAUUAUGUAUAAUAUAAUUGAAUCAUUUAUUCUUAUUUCUUCUUUUCGCUGUUAGCUCUAUUAGGGAAUUCUAAUGAAUCAACUCUAAAUCUUUUCUCGUAGCUUCUCUCCAUUUCGUCCCACGUCUUACUAGUGCUUUUGUCGAUAAUUGUUUCUUCUAAUGGGUAUCUACAUGUUUAAUUGUUUUCCCAUUUGACCUCUAAACACGACCAAUUGUAUUACAACAAUUUAAGCCUUAUGCAAAAAAUUAUAAAUUAAAUUAUCCUUGCUAAAUAUUAUAUACUGCCAUCCCAGCUUCACAUCUACAACAACGGUGUGAUCCACUAUCGCGGUGCGAAAUAUGUUUGCUUUUAUUGUUUUGUCACCGAAACAUUUUACCAAUAACUAUUUUUUGCGAUUUAAACUAGAUGUCUAAUUUAACGACGACGGCGAUAUCGCUGUAUAAUAAUAAUUUUCGUGCGGAAUCACACGUUUAAUGGUCGAUCGCGUACAUCCAGGGAAUUUCUUUAUUUUUAUUUUAUAUUCUGAGCAUAGUGAGGGAGCUAUUGGUUUUACUAAGAUGUUUAUUUCUUUUUUCGUUCUCGUCUGUGGACAUGAUUUCCCUAUUAAACUUGCUCCGAUUUUUAUGUGCAACACUUUUUCUAAAAGCUCAAGUUGUCUAGAUAGUACUUUAGAUGAGUAAUUUUUUUGAUUUUCAGCUUCAUUUUAUAAAUGAAAGCACUUAUGUGGAAAAAAAUAUAAAAAAAAACGUACAAAUUCACGAUUUCAUUAUUUUAUAUAAACACGGACGACGUUUUCUACCGGAAAAAAAAUGAUUUAAUCGAAAAAUUAUAAGAUACCAUUUUUGUUGCCUUUUUAAUUUACUUUCUUAAGGAUCAUUUCCAAAACUUUUGAGCCACUUUUAAGCUUUUAAGGAAUUUUAAUUUUUGGGAGUAUGUUGCUGUAAUUCAGUUAUAAACACACGUAGAGACUUUAAACUGGGUAAUAAUACUUAUAUUGGAUAAUGGACUUACCUAGGUGUGGUUAAAUUUCCAAAAUCAUCGAACGACUUUUUUUUUUAAGAAGGGUUUUGAAAUCAAAGUUAAACGAAAAUUGCAAAAAAAAAAUACGGCACUUAGGUUAGGUUAAAGAUUAUGUAUUACCAAACUGCGCUUGGAAUCGUCUUUCGUCAAGCAAUGAUUUAUCUUUGCUUACAGAUAUAAAUUAAAUAACCUUAUACAUCUUUCCUUACCAACUUCUCACCUACAACAGUAGCUGCUCCCGUCCCUAGCAUCAGCUCUUUUUAUUUUUGUUGCUAUUUUCUCUAGCCCUGCUCGUCACGUUGCAGAUUUCGAUCGCGUUUCCGAGGCAUUACGGCUCAUUGUUAUACUAUUAUGCACGUAUCACGAGCUAAACAAUAAUUAUUACUAUAACGAUAAUAUUCGGAGAGGAAUAAUAAUUUAUUAUAUACAUUUAUACCUAUUAUAGAUACCGCGGUACAGUCGCGAAUCGAUGGAAAGGCCGUCGGUGGACAUGGACGAAAGCAUGCGCGUAAGGUAAAUUAUAGACAUAAUUCCUUCAGCGUGUAUCGAUGCAACGACAUUUGUUUUCCCGGUGUCACGCGCAAUAUAGCGACAAAAGCGUUCAACUACUUUUACUAAAAAAUUACUACUCAAUAACUCGCGAUUUCGACUAUCUCUGGCCGAGUUCAAGGCAAACAGACCUUAUUACACGUUAAUUUUCGUAAAGAACAAUGUUGAAUACGCCUUUAACGAAUAAUUUUUCUCUUAAUACUCAUAUUCCUUAACGAGCUGUUUAAAAUCAUGUUAAUUUAAAACACUCGUAUGUGGAUUAAAAAAAAAAAAGAUGAAUAUUUACAAAAAUCAUUCAUAGAAGCUAUAGCGGUAAUUACAGUUCUUUAUAAGAUGUAUAACGGGUCACUUCGCUUUGCUCUGAACUCUGAACCAGGGAGUCGCGACGGGAGCGGACUUGCGGAAUUCUAUUGUCGCCGUAUUGCGCACCAGGAGAACCGGUGUCGAUAUAGUAGCCCCUUAGCGGUUCGUUCGUGACUUUGAUGUGUUCGAUUUGUGACAGUAGUCUGCGGAGAGGUGACGAAUGCCGGGUGUCGCUCAAGCGCGAGAACAAGACAGCGCAGACGCUGUUCAUUGUCGUCGGAGGAUUCAUCGCCUGUUGGCUGUUGUUCUUCAUCGCGUACCUGAUCACGCCGUUUUUAGCCAAGGACACCAUACCGCAGUUUGUAAUGAAAUGGCUUACGUGGCUGGGUGAGUACCUGUUUUUUUUUUUUUUUUAUUUUAUCUACAGUGGAACGUCGAUAAGUCGAAAACAUUGCCUUUCCUAAAUGUCGACUUAUCCGGGUUCCACUGUAUGUUAUAACAUAUUAUCGUAAAAUGUAUAACUGCGAUUACAAUAAUAUUAUGCAUUUUGCAUUUAGUUUUCCCAAAGCCCGUUUCGUCGUGUAAUUUUGAACGCGAAGAAACGAGAUUUUAUUUACGAUUAUUUUAACAUUUUUUACGAUUUUUGGAUGAUCUGAAAUUCGAAUUUUAAUUCGUUUUUAGAGAAUUUUGCACGCUGAAAAUAUUUGUUUAGUUCUUUAUAUGUUUUAAAAUAAAAUGCAUACUUUUAUUUUGUAUUUUUUGACAAUUAUCGAUUUGAAUGUUAUCUUUUUCUUUUUGGUGCAUUAUUUGGCAUUUUUAUCACAACCGUGGGGUUUUGCAUGGACCAUAAAUGCAUAUUACAUUCUAAGUCCCAAUAAUAAUUAUUAUUUUCUUCGUCAUCUUAUAUAUUCCUGUGAGCUUCUUAUUUUUAUUCUCACUCCUCCGCCUCUCCGACUUAAAUCCUCUCUCUAUUCAAUACUAAUUUUUUAUCUAUGCACCUUUUUUGUUUUUACUUGGUUACCCUGAAAUCGGUUAAUCGACUGGGACGGCAUGAAUAGGUCAUUGCAUCCUUAUGCGGUUAUAAAACAACUAAUACAUUUUGGUAUAAUAUUAAUUUUAUUGUAAAAAUAUAAUAUUUUAGUCAAUUACGGCAUAGAUUUAAUUGAAAAUUAAUUAAUUUGAACAAAACCUUAAAAUGCAGGUGUGAAAGAUGACCACUGUUAAAGAUAUUUCUUUUUUUUUUGUACAUCUUUCUCUCUCUGUAUUUUUUGUAAAAGAAAAAUAGAGCUUUUUCUCUUACAAAAAAUAUGGCAGUGUGGUAUAAUUAUUAUUAUUGUUGUAAAUAGUAUUGCAAAGCUAUUAAUAAAAAUAACCAUUUCUCUAUUAUCUACAGGCAUUGUAUACUGAGCUCGUAAUAUUAUAAGAGAAAAAAAAUUAUACACGUGUAACGUUGAAAUCGUUUUUCUAAAUUAUUUAUGUGCAAGCGACGACCCCAGCCCCUUUACAUGGACAAUAUUGUUCGUUUAUUGUAGUCACGUCGUUUUGGAUGCAAAUAAAUAAAUUUUAUUCAGACGUAUCAAAAAAACGCUAUCAAGGCGUAUACACCCGAAUAUCGUGUUUGUUUGUAUUAUGGACGUUGCAAAAUUGUAAUCGAUAUUCGAUUACAAUCGUUUUUCUAUUUUUCGAAAGUUACCGAACAAAAUAUAAUCAAUUUCAGACACAAACAACAAGUACCAUAAAUUAUUAUGCGCCGCUCUGCAAUAUAAUACCUAUAUAAUUUGUCUUAUUACCAUAUAUAAGCCAUCAAUAUUAUACAACUCCGUCAAUUGAUAUCAAAUAAUGUUAAACUAUUUUUUUUAAUGUCGACAAAAUACUUAUUUAUAAAAUAUUUCAUUAUAUUAUUUUUUUUUGUUUUUACUUUUAUUAAAACAGUACAACGUAUAGAAAAUCGUAAUAUGCAGUUGCGCAAAACACGAAAAAUGUAGCAAAAUCGAAAAAUACGUAGAAAGAACUUGAAAAUUUACUAAAAUAAUACCAUUAUUGUUUUAUAAAUGUAAUUCAGUUUAAAAUAUUUUUAAAGACUUAAAAUGCGAUGGAAAACUUUGAUUUACUUUUUCUAGACGUGAUAAAACUUUCAGAACAUUUGAGUCAUUUUUGAGCUAUUUAUAGAAAUUUUAAUUUUGCUAGGUUUUUAAGUAAUUUUAAUUAAGUAGAUACUCUGUAAAUAAAUUGUUAAACUUAUUAAAAAUUUUUAAAAAUUUGAUAGGAGUGUCAUUAUAAGUCGUACUUAGUGGUAAAAAAAAUUAGUUUAAUACAGUAUUUUUUUUUUUUUAUAUAUAUACGAGUAAUAAUAGUUUUAAAAUCAAAUUUUGAUGAAAAUUGUAAAUAUUACUACCUUUCAAAACAUGUAUCAUAGAACUUCGCUUCGAUUCGUUUUUAUUUAUCAAUGGUUUAUCAUUAGUAACAGGUAUAAAUUAAAUAACUUAAUGUAUCCCACCUUCCCCACCACCCACCUACAACAGUGGCCGCACCCGUCUUCAGUAUCAGAUCUUUUUUUAAAUAAGCGUUUAAAGUUUAAAUUUCAAUGAAAAACGUAAAAAUAAUGAUAUUUCAAAGCAUACAUAUUUUUUUUAGCAGAACUUCUCAAAUAAUCGUUUUUUAAACAACGAUUUAUCACUGCGUACAGUUAUUAUAAAUUAUAUAAUUAUAAAUUUGAUCGUACUUUUCCAACUUCACACCUACAACAGUGGUACAUAAGCAAUAUCAGCAGCUCUUUAUUUCGUAAUUAUAGAGAUGUUUUUUUUUAGAAAAUCAGACGCAAGUUAUAUUGUUUGAAUUUUUGAACUAGAAUAAAUACACCAUCACGUUGUAUAAUACACGGUUUUAAACACACUCGAAAAAAAAAUAUGCAAUAAGAAAAAUUAGAAAGUCUUAGUUUCAGGGAGACGUGGGGAAAAAAAAUAACAAUGUCAAAACAACAGUUUGAAUAUAAUAUGAUGUUAUAAUUUACGGGUGAGUAAUAUUAUAUUAUUUUUUUGCAGUGGAGUGUGCGACUGCUAUCAGUUACGACGAAAAAUCACAGAGUUUGGGUACCGAAAAAAAAUCUGUAUAACAAAAUAUAAAAAAAAAAAUCGAAUAACCUAAUCCAACCUGAUAUAACAAUACUAUUCUACAGUAUAUAACUAUAGCUACACGAUAAUAUUUAAUGUAUUUGAAAGAUGAAAUUCGAUAGCGAAAACAAUACGCCAAUAAAGUAUAGUAUUGUUUCUAUAAUAUUAUAAAAAAAAAUUACAUAAAAUAAAAGAUCAAAACAAUAUUUUAUAUACGUCUAUAUAAGUAGAGAAACAUAUUGCCCGAAACGGAAACUAUACAGAAAUUGUGCGUAUAAAUAUAAAAAUAUUAUCAAAACGUUUAUUGUAUAAACGUUGCGGAAAUAGUUUUUAUCUUAUGAAAUUGUGUUUAACCAAGUGAAAUUUAAAAAAAUUGAAAAUUAAAUUUUCCAUUGUUCAAAUUUCAAGCACUUAAUCGUGUCCGAGUUUUUUUCUGAAAAAUUGUUUAUGAAUUACGAAAAAAAAGGACUGAUACUGCUGAUGGGUAUACCACGAUUGUGUGUGGGAAGUUGGGAUGGUAGGAUACUAAAGGUUGAUAGAUUUAUAUCUGGAAGCAACGAUAAACCAUUGUUAAAUAAAAACGUGCAGAACGAAAUUCAAAAUUGUGUAAUAGAUAUAUACCGGUAUUCAUUUUUAUUCGUUUUUAAUUUUUAAUUUUUAAUUAUUAUUGGAAAACUAGUUCUAAAAUGUAUUAAUAUUUAAAUUUUAAAUAACAACCAAUUAGUCUCAUAAAACAUAGAUACUUUCCAUGUGUUUCAAAAAUGAUUAAGGGACAAAAUAAAUUAAACUGAAUAAAGUACGUCAGUUAUCUAUGGUUAAAUUAAUAUUAUCUAAAUGGAGAAUCAAACCAGACCAUGUGUGUUAAUAUUAAUAUUGUUAUGUUUAUGAUAAGUAUAUUUUUUUAUUAAUUGUAUUUCAUUUUAAUUAUUUUGAGUAAAUAUUUUCAAUAAAAAAAAAAAAAGGUUAUCCUUGGAUAAUGGGGAUGGGUGCCAGUCACUGUUGUAGGUUGGAAGUGAGGAAGGUAGGAUACAGAAGGGGAUUUAAUAUAUAUAUAUAUAUAUCUGUAAGCAAAGAUCGCACAUUGCUAACGAAAACACGGUUCUAAACUAAGUUCAGUUGAUAGUAUUGGUUUGUCAAUAAUAUAUAUGUCAUAUUUUGGCAAAAUAAUUAUACAUGCAUUGGACAUUUUUUUAAUAAUAUUUAUUUAAUAUUGUACCUAAUCUUUAGUUCUCCCGGUUUUCCUAUGCUUUUUCCCCAGUUUUUCCUAUUUAUUGAGAAAACUCCUGAGAAAAUCAACAAAUGACCUCCUUAAAGUACCACCUCAAUCAGAUUUCCUUUCAGAAAAAAUGCUACAUUUGUAAAUCAGAUCAAUAUUUCUGUUAGUAAAGUUGUUCACAGAUAAAAAAAAAAAAAAAGUCAUUGUAAUAACAUAAGCUUUUUCGAUCCACUCGGAAUCUAAAAUAAAUAUGCUAACCUGGUCACUCUAAGAAAAUCUAAAAUUACGUCUUAUAAUAUAGUAUAUUAUAUUUAGAGUCUUAUUAGUUAAUUUUUGUCCUUAUAUGAUAAUACAUAGAUAAAAAUGUAAAUUUAAAUCAGUUUUCGAGCGUAGCAAACGGAUUUUUCUUCCUUGAUGUGCUGAUCAAAAAUCCCCUCCCCUGCUAUCAAAAUCUUAAAUGAUGUCAUUGACUGAUGUUGUGUAGUUUCAUACAAAAUGUGAAAGUAUAUUAUACAUUAGCCUUUAAUUUAUAAAUACAUAUUUUGAAGUACCUUCAUAUUAAUCUUCCUGUUUCCGGUACGCACUUAGCAUUUGGUUUUAUGAUUGAUAUUGGAAAAAUUAUAAUUUUUUUUUUUUUUUUAUCUUGAUGAAAAUUUCGUAGCGUUAUACAACACACGCUGAUAGUGGUUAUGAUAAUAUAUAAUCCGAUCGCAUACGUUUUCCUCGCUGAGAAUAACCGUUCUCGGAACGAAAUGAAAUCGAUAAACCGUUUCUCGGCUGCGAAUUAAUACCAUUAAUACCUAAUUAAAAUAUUCGCGUACGAGAUAUUCGACAGAGAUAUUAUCAGACCGCUCGCGAAAUUUCGGGCGUCUUGCAGUAUGAUUAUAAAUUAUUGUCCAUCACUGCGCGUAUAAUUGUUUUGAAGUCGGCGAUGGCGUUUAAAGUUUUGCGAAACAAUUAAUUUUAAGUGUAUCGUCGUAACUAUAUUUUAAAGUUGACCGAUUCGUUUAAGCGUUUCGAUUAAAAUGCAUAACUGUCCGGAUUUGGACAGUUUAAGGAAUCGUUCAAAUACACCCGAAUAUCUGAUUUUGUGUGUACGUAGCGAACAAACCAUAAAUAGAUAUUCAUUUUAUCGAGAUUUACAUUUACCCGAAAAACGCAAAUUUUUCGGUUUACAAAAAUUAGACUAGACAAUAAUUUUACCACGAAAACCAAAUUUCUGGAGACAAUAAUUGGAACUACCUAAAUUUAAUCUAAUAAUCAAUUAUCGUAUAAUAUUUAUAAUAUUUAUUUAUGUAUUUAAAACUAACAAAAUGACCGAAAAAUUCUAAAAAAAAAACGUAAAAUAAAGUUUCACUUUUGAAGUAUCGGUUACACAAAUCGAAUUAUUUGGAAACUAUUGUCUUAGAUCACCCCCCUCCAUCCCACCUCCCCACACCAACAAAAAAAUUAAUUUUUCAUUGAAAUCCAGACCCCGACGAUGAUAUACCGGUUUAUCACAAAUUCUAUAGACUUAUCGGUUUUUAUUUUUUCAUUGUAUUUCUAUGUUGCAACCAGAGCCCAAUAGUACCGGGUGAUCCAUUAAAGUGGGUACACUCAUUAUUUCGGAAAGUAUUAAAUUUUUCAGGAAUUUGUUUUCUAGAACAUUUUAAAAAAAGGCUGCUCAACAAUAUUAUAUUUAUGUAAUUUUUCGUCAACCUCAUUUUUGGGGGUAAAACCAUUACCUAUUUUUGAUUUUCAAAUAGUAACCUAUAUUAAAUUAUCCAUAGAUAACGAUAGAUGAAAGAUGGAGUAUAAGUAAAAAUAAAUUUGAGUGUUGAAUUCUUUUGAUUUCUGUCAAGCCGUUGAAGAGAUAGUCCACUUGUAAGUUUAGGUUGAAAGAGAGUAGUGGUGCGUUAUUAACACACCGCGCGCCAUACCGCCACACAAAUGAUACGAGACACCCCACUACUCUCCUCCAACCACAACUUAAAAGUGAACGGCUUGACAGAAAUCAAAAAUUCUAACACUCAUAUUUAUUUUUACUAAUACUCCAUCUAUUUAUAGAUAUUUUAAUAUAGGCUGCCAUUUGAAAUUAGGUAGUAGUUUUACUCCCAAAAGUAAGAGUGACAAAAAAUAACAUUAAUGUACAAUUGUAAAACAACUUGUUUCUUAAAUUUCCUAGAAAACGAAUUCAGGAAAAAAUUAAUACUUUACGAAAUAAAUUCCCACUUAAAUGGAUCACCUGGUAUGCUUGAAUAUUUUUAACAUUUAAGUAUAAGUACUUGUGAGUAUUCGUAAUACUGCAAUUUCUUCGUGCUUUCCCGGGAUUUUGAAUAUUAAAAUUAUUACGUUUAGGCGUACAAUCAUAUCUAAAAAUUCAAGAGAUAAAACUUUUUUUUUUGAAUAUUAUUCCGUCCGGAAUAAAAGGAUUUACCGAAAAAGAAACUCAUACCGUCGAAAUAACGUAGAAUUUAAAACCCACUUUUUAUACGCAAAGCCCGUACAUGUUAUUAAUAUUAUAUUCUGCAUAAGUAUUCUAAGUAUAUACACCGUAUAAAUACAUAUAGUUCUCGAGCCCAAUUCAGUAUGCAUAUAAAGCUGUCAAAUGUCCUGGUAAAUAUUACUAUAGUGUUAAAGAACGAUUUCUUUACGUUAACCAAAAUAGUUUAGAAAUUUAAAAAUCCUUUAUAUUUAAUACGGUUUUAUUUUUUCUUACAAAAAUGAGAGCUUUUUAUUGUGUGUAUGUGUAUGUUUUUGUAAACGACUUUUCUACCAGAAAUAAAAAUCUCGCUGUGAUCAGUAACUUCAGGAGUGGUUUCUGGUAGCAAAUUCGAUCAAGUCGGUGUAUUAAAGGUCACUUUCCACGUAGUUGUCUUAAUUAUAUGUGAAAACUAGAACCAAAUGUCCGAAAACGGGAAUGUUUGCAUGAUAAUAAUUCUUGUUAAUUUUAAUUUUAUUUGUUUUUUUUUUUUAUUUUUCGUAAGUUAUAGAAAACUAACCUAUACAUCUUAAGACGUUCUGGCGUUUUUUGAGGUAUUUAUAGAAAUGGAAAAGUUUUAGUUUUUAUUUAGAUAAUAUUAUAGUUUUGGCGUGUAAAAAAUGAUCAAUACACCAUUACUCAAUACAAUUAUACAUUAUACUUUUUUUUUUUUUUUUUUUUAAAUAUAUUAUUAAUAAUUUAUUGCCCUAUCAGACGUUUCCAGUAUCCAAGAAAAUCAUUACGAUAUUACGGCCCUUACACGAAAUACUUUAUGGUUUUCUAUGUAUGAUUACACCUAUAAUUUAUAAUAUUUUUGUCUUCAGAAAAAUAUAUUCAUACUCUCAUACUGUUCAAAAUCAUAUUUAGCACUAAAAACUACCGAUUUCACAGUGAGUACAGUGUUUAUUACGUUUUUUAUGAUUCUAUCACCCAUGAACGCUAAUAACAGUUUUUUUUGCGAAUACUAAAAUGUACCAUUUGUGAUACCAUGGUGCAUUAGAACAUUUUUUUGUUUUUAAUUAUUUUUAUUAUCAAUGUAUUAAUCAAUCAUAUAGUUCAGAUUUCAAUUUAAAGUUUGAUUGUUAAUACUGAGUGGAGCGAGUAAUGUACUGGUUUUACAAUGAUGUUUUUUAUUAUUAUUUUUUUUUAUGUUAACACUUUUUUUACACGAAAGGUUAUUCCGAUUAUCAAGCAUAACACCUUUUCUGAAAGGAAAUAUUCUAUGGGUGGUACUUUAAAAAAAGUGAUUUUUUUGAAAUUCUUAUUAAUAUUUGAAGAAAACCCAGUUCUUUGGAUUAAAAGCGAUUAAAAGAUUAAAAAUAAGGUUGUCAUUGGCAACCAUUUUUAUUGUUUUAAUCUUUUUUAUCAAUCGAUAUGUUUAAAUAUUUUUUUUUUUAACCCAGAGUAUUUCCUAAUUUAUUCUAAAACCGUCGAAAUAACGAUCACUUGAUAUUAUUUUAAUAUUACUACUAUUCCACGAAUAUCGGUUUUCAUAUUAUAAUAUUACAUUUUUUUGAGACGGUCAAACCGAAUAUAAUAAAAAAAAUAAGAAAAUUUCGCUAGAUCACAGUUCUGACCAUUUCAUUGUUAACAGUCACCGCUUUUGAACGCGGUUAGACGGAUUUACAUGGGCAUAGCCAUGGGUAUACCAACCCACGCUGAUUGCAGUGAAAACAAUGUAAACCCAGCGAAGUUUCCCGAUACAGUUUAAACUGUACUAAAACUUCAAACAUGUACAAUUUCAAGUUUUCAGUGACCCGUGAAACUUUUCACUUUACUCUUUUAGACCUUUAAUCCGCUUUAUAUACAGAUAUUACAAAAUACUAUGUUCAAUUUUCAUCGUUUUAGGAAUCUACGUUUAAAUAUUAGUAAAAAUCACAGAUAAUAAAAAAAAAAAAUGGAUAAACGUAAUCAAACAUAAUCGCAGAUGCAUUCAUUGAAACAUGUUUACAGGUUACUUACAUUAGGUAAAUAUUUUAUUGUUUUUCUAAUUUAAAAUAAAAAAUAAAUAUUUUUACUGUUGUUUUGAUUGCCUAUUAUAUUUUUUUAAUAUCUCGCAACAUUAUAAUUUUGUUAGUUUCAUUAUAGUGAUGUGUUGUUUUUUUUAUGUCCCUAAUCAAAUUUUCUACCAAUACUCUUGUUCUUAUCAAAAACUUUAUAUAAACCCUCUUGUAAGAUUAUCGAUCUAAUUGUUACUUACGAGAUGGCUACACGGUUUAUAAUUUAUUUGUCGUUUUUUUUUUAAUAAAAAUAGAAAAAACUGGCAAUUCCGUGUAUAGUUUUCGUUGAUUUCUGGGUUACCUGCUACCUUAGCCACAAUAGUGCGAACAACCGUUAAUCGUUGCGUGCGGAUAUAAAUUAAAUAUUAUUCUAUACAUGCAACUUCCUUUCUAAACCAGUGGCACUCCCGUCUACAGCAGUAUCAGCUCUUUAUUUCCUAUUCGAACAUAACCAAAUAAUUGAAAAACAAUCUGACGGGGGGGGGGGCACAACGGGGAACUCGCAUUGGUGUCAGAACCUGUAAUUCUUGUGCAAUAUGUAAAUAAUCGCGUACACGCGUAGUUUUCAUCAAACAACCGCGGAAAAACGAACGUUACUAUACAACCGACCAACUAUUUCGUCGUACGGGCAAACAGUUUUCACGAAGAGCACACUUAUACACGACUAAUACGGUACCUAUAUUGAAUUUACUCGGAAAUAGGUACCCACGCGGAGUAUCGAAUAUUAUUAGAUUAUACACAGUUCGAUUGAUAUAACAUUAUGUUAUACUACGAUUGCAGGUAUAGGUACACAAUAUAAUAAUAAUAAUAUGAUUAUUAUUAUUGCGGUACGGCAACAACCUUUUUCGUCGUCGUUAUUAUUAUACGGCCGGCGUAAACCCUGCACGUUCGUUGCACAACAUACAGAAUGUUUCAGUUGGUAUUGUGGCCAUCUCGUUCGACAUUCAACACGGAACGCGUUGCGAUUUGUCGUUCCCACGAAAAUUCCAUUUCGGUAUACCUACGUAUACAGUCCGUUCGAUUUUCGAUAUUUUUUUUAAGGAUGGUCUGAAAAUUCCGAGAACCAGUACAUAAAACGAAAGUAAUUCGCCACUGUACUACCCUUCCAACAAUAAAAUAAUUGUCUAGAUAUAGUAUACGUUUUUCUAUUAAACUACAUGUAGGGAAUGCCGUGAAUUUAUUGUACCCGUGAUUGUACCCGCGUUCGCAAAACGAAAAUUAAGUUUUCUAGAGAAAAAUUUAGAAUUCGAUAAUCGACUAUCGAUACUUUUGUUAAAAAAUAAAAAUUAUAUUAAUAUAUUAAUCGGUCGUAUUAUUUAUUAUAAUAAAACAAUAUUUAGAAUUCAGACGAAAAGCCUCAUUAGCCUUAUUUAAUAUUAAACAAAUGCGAAAGUAACUUAUCUGUUUGUUGCCUUUUUACGGCUUACAUUUAGAGGCCCCGGGGCCAAACUUUUCAACAAGGCUCUCGUUUUUAAAUUUGUUUAAACAUUUACUAACCAACAUGUUUAAACGAAAGGAAAAUAAUAAAUAUUAUAGACAUCAUAUUGAUCUCGAUUCAAAAACCACAAGUAUUAUUUAGAUAAAUAAAUAAAUUAUUUUUAACGAAGUUACCAGUACUUUUUAUUGUAUAAUAUAAUAAUACGAAUCAUAACACAAAGUUAUCAUUGCAGGCAACGACAAAAUAUGCAAAAACUGAGGCCCCGGGAGUCUGAUGGCCCGGAUGCCAUGACCUUCCCUGGACCCUCCCUUAAUCCGGGCUUCCCAAUGUAGACGCGUAGAUGCUCAAACUCGAAUUUCGGAUUAUUUUUUUUUUUAAAAAUUAAUAUUUUCGGGUUAUCUCGGUUACGCGAAAACGCGUCGUACGUUUUUUCCGAUUCUAACCGACGACGGUUAACCGUGACCCGGAAUCGAAUUUCGUUUGUUACAGUACACACGUAGAUAAUGUGAUUUAUCGUCGAUUUAAACAAACUUGUGUAUAAUACUGCAGACCGCCUUUCCAUACACAAUAAUACGCCUUCCUUCCACAACAGUAUCGGCAUGCUUUUAUUUUUCUUCUAUUGUUAAUCAUACGGCCAUUACGACACUAUAAUAUUAUCGUAUCGUAUUGUGCGGCACUAUUGUAGCGCGCGGUACGAUCGACGGUUCGAGAUUAUUAGAUCUGAUAUUUGCCUUGUAUUUUAUCUGUAUUUUAUGCGAUAUCCUAUCAAAUUAUAGAAGUCGGUAAAUUUUAAAUUGUAUAAUUACUUAAUCACAAUAAUAUCGAUAGUAAUAAUAGUAUGUUAUUUGUGGUUUUAUGUCUUCACGAUAUCCAUACAAUUAUAAUAAUUAAUUUAGGUAUAUAAUUUUAUAAGAACAUAUGAAAUGAUAAAUUGUAAAACUAUUAAGCAAUAAGCGUCUAAUGUCGAAUACUUUUAACGCUGAAUCUUAAUAACAAAAAACAAAAAUUAUUUUUUUUUUUAACACAGUUAAUAUCUGUUCGUGCUCUCAGUCAACUAGGUUGUUCAAGUUUUUUUUUUUUUUUGGAAAUUUAACGUGUGCUUAAACUAGUUAUUUAUUUUAAUUCAUUGAUCUAUCUAACUUUGCAUUUGAUGCCUUUGAAGGUAUAUCGAGGUAUUAAAUCUCACCACCCUAAAGUUUCCAUCGUUUUUGGAGUUUGUAUGCACAAAUCCGACACGCCCUAUAUACGAAACGCGCUUUGAUGUGUGCCGUAUACGAUAUAGAUACAUCUAACAGUAAAAAUAACAAUAUUGGGAAAUUUUUUAAAUUUGUUUUUUUUUUUAUUUUUUUGUUCGACAGGUUGGAUAAAUUCAGCCAUCAACCCGUUCAUAUACGCUUUUGUUAGCCAGGACUUCCGGAUGGCGUUCUGGAGGCUGACUUGCAGUUUUUGCGCCGGACAAAAGCCCAACCCGAAUGUGGCGAACAACCGGUUCGUGAUUCGCUACAGCCAUUAUUCAAGGAACCAGGUCUAA